UCAGCGCGCGUGCGGUGCGGUUCUCUGCCAAGUGGUCUUCUCUCUGGACAGUGUGUUAAGUGUUUAGUUGCUGAGCUCCAGCAAUCCGGAUAGAUCAUCUGAGCGGAGAUCGUUGCCUUAUUUGAAUAGGCGGGGAAUCUAACAUCCAUCGCCUAAUUGCAGUGAAAGUUGCCGGGCAUUUUUCAGCUAUUUUACCCUGUGAAAAUUCCGAAAAACCAAACGCGCGCAAAGCAAUCCAAAGUGUUUAAAAGAAAAGCGUUAAAUAUUGUUAAGUACAACAAUACGUUUAAAUAAAAAAUAUUCCAGUGUCUGUGAGUCUGCCAAAGCCGUCGCGCAUUGUGUGUGUGUGUGUAUUUCUUUUGACGGCAAAUCGCUUUUGGCAGCUGCUUUGGCAGCAGCCAAGUAAGAAACAAGGCUUUUUUGCUGGCAUCGAUCUUCGUUGGCAGCUGUUGGCAGUAUGAACUGAUUUUGGCCGAAAGUUGAUGAAUAAAAUGCAAAAAUGAAAAUAUUUUUGCCACUAGUCACGUGGAUAGUGCUACUACUCUCGAGUGCAGUACAUUCACAAUAUUCACAACAACCGCAACCAUUCAAGACGAACUUGAGGGCGAAUAGUCGGUUUCGCGGCGAGGUCUUCUACCUGAACCUCGAGAAUGGCUACUUUGGCUGCCAAGUCAACGAGUCCACCGAAUAUUUGCAGCUAUUCAACCUAUCGAAACUAUGCGACGGUACCCAAGAUUGCUUCCUGGGUGCCGAUGAGUUGAGCAAAGAGCUCAAAUGCACAAAUGACUGUGAUAAGGAUGGCACCAAGUGCACACAUGGCGCGUGUUUGAACGGCGUCUGCCAUUGCAAUGACGGCUACGGCGGUUGCAAUUGCGUGGACAAAGAUGAGAACGAAUGCAAACAGCGGCCGUGCGACGUGUUCGCCCAUUGCACAAACACACUGGGCAGCUUCACGUGUACCUGCUUUCCGGGCUAUCGCGGCAAUGGCUUCCAUUGUGAAGACAUUGACGAAUGCCAAGAUCCCGCGAUAGCAGCGCGAUGCGUGGAGAACGCCGAGUGCUGCAACCUGCCGGCGCACUUCCUCUGCAAGUGCAAGGAUGGAUACGAGGGUGACGGCGAGGUUCUGUGCACGGAUGUGGACGAGUGCCGCAAUCCGGAGAACUGCGGGCCCAAUGCCCUGUGCACCAACACGCCGGGCAAUUACACAUGCUCCUGCCCGGAGGGCUAUGUGGGCAACAAUCCGUAUCGGGAGGGUUGCCAGGAUGUGGACGAGUGCUCGUACCCGAAUGUCUGCGGACCCGGUGCCAUAUGUACGAAUCUCGAGGGCAGUUAUCGCUGCGACUGCCCGCCGGGAUACGACGGCGAUGGACGCUCGGAGUCCGGUUGCGUGGACCAGGAUGAGUGCGCACGGACGCCCUGCGGCCGGAACGCGGACUGUUUGAACACGGACGGCAGCUUCCGCUGCUUGUGUCCGGACGGCUACAGUGGUGAUCCCAUGCACGGCUGCGAGGAUGUCGAUGAAUGCGCCACUAACAAUCCAUGCGGUUUGGGUGCUGAAUGCGUGAACCUGGGCGGUAGCUUCCAGUGCCGCUGUCCCUCCGGCUUUGUGCUGGAGCACGAUCCGCACGCGGAUCAGUUGCCCCAGCCGCAGAACACCCAACAAUUGGGCUACGGGCCGGGGGCGACGGACGUGGUGCCCUAUGAAAGGACCUCGGGCGCCGGUCUGGCCUGCCUGGACAUCGAUGAGUGCAAUCAGCCGGACGGAGUGGCCAAGUGCGGCACCAAUGCCAAGUGCAUUAACUUCCCCGGCUCAUACCGCUGCCUGUGUCCCAGUGGAUUCCAAGGACAAGGCUAUUUGCACUGCGAGAACAUCAACGAGUGUCAGGAUAAUCCGUGUGGGGAGAAUGCGAUCUGCACGGACACCGUUGGCAGCUUCGUGUGCACCUGUAACCCGGACUAUACCGGUGAUCCGUUCCGUGGUUGUGUGGAUAUCGAUGAGUGUACCGCUUUGGAUAAGCCCUGUGGACAGCAUGCGGUAUGCGAAAAUACUGUUCCCGGCUACAAUUGCAAGUGCCCGCAGGGAUAUGAUGGCAAACCCGAUCCCAAGGUGGCCUGCGAACAGGUGGAUGUCAAUAUACUGUGCAGCAGUAACUUCGAUUGUACCAAUAAUGCGGAGUGCAUUGAGAAUCAGUGCUUCUGCUUGGAUGGCUUCGAACCCAUCGGAUCCAGUUGUGUGGACAUCGAUGAGUGUCGCACCCACGCCGAGGUGUGUGGUCCCCAUGCCCAGUGCCUGAAUACGCCCGGAUCGUACGGCUGUGAAUGCGAGGCGGGAUAUGUGGGCAGUCCGCCAAGAAUGGCCUGCAAGCAGCCUUGCGAGGAUGUGCGGUGUGGAGCCCAUGCCUACUGCAAACCGGAUCAGAAUGAAGCCUACUGUGUGUGCGAGGAUGGAUGGACCUACAAUCCGAGCGAUGUCGCUGCGGGAUGUGUGGACAUUGAUGAGUGCGAUGCGAUGCAUGGACCUUUCGGAAGCUGUGGUCAGAAUGCCACAUGUACAAACAGUGCUGGAGGAUUUACGUGUGCCUGCCCACCUGGAUUCUCGGGAGAUCCGCACGCCAAAUGCGUCGACGUCGAUGAGUGCCGAACAGGAGCCAGCAAGUGUGGAGCUGGUGCUGAAUGUGUGAAUGUACCAGGUGGUGGAUACACCUGUCGCUGCCCCGGCAACACCAUUGCCGAUCCGGAUCCUAGUGUGAGGUGUGUUCCCAUUGUCAGCUGCUCCGCUAAUGAAGACUGCCCGGGUAACUCCAUCUGUGAUGCUACAAAGCGCUGCCUGUGUCCCGAGCCAAAUAUUGGCAAUGACUGCCGCCAUCCCUGCGAAGCCCUCAAUUGUGGAGCACAUGCCCAGUGCAUGCUGGCCAAUGGACAGGCUCAGUGCAUGUGUGCUCCAGGAUACACAGGAAACUCUGCUCUCGCAGGAGGCUGCAACGACAUCGAUGAAUGUCGGGCAAAUCCCUGCGCAGAAAAGGCAAUUUGUUCGAAUACAGCCGGAGGCUAUCUGUGCCAGUGUCCAGGCGGAUCCAGUGGAGAUCCAUACCGCGAGGGAUGCAUUACCUCAAAGACGGUGGGCUGCUCUGAUGCCAAUCCUUGCGCGACUGGUGAGUCGUGCGUUCAAGACUCAUACACGGGCAACAGCGUGUGCAUCUGUCGACAGGGUUAUGAGCGAAAUCCCGAGAACGGCCAGUGCCAGGAUGUGGAUGAGUGCUCGGUGCAAAGGGGAAAACCCGCUUGUGGACUGAAUGCUCUCUGUAAGAAUUUGCCUGGUAGCUACGAGUGCCGCUGCCCACAGGGUCAUAACGGAAAUCCCUUCAUCAUGUGCGAGAUCUGCAAUACGCCGGAGUGCCAGUGUCAGUCGCCGUACAAGCUGGUUGGAAAUAGUUGUGUUCUGUCAGGAUGCUCCAGUGGACAGGCGUGUCCCAGCGGAGCUGAGUGCAUCUCCAUAGCUGGAGGUGUUAGUUACUGUGCCUGUCCCAAGGGCUACCAAACCCAACCGGAUGGAAGCUGUGUAGAUAUCGACGAGUGCGAAGAACGAGGCGCUCAAUUGUGUGCCUUUGGAGCUCAGUGCGUAAACAAGCCAGGAAGCUAUAGUUGCCACUGCCCCGAGGGCUAUCAGGGAGAUGCCUACAACGGACUAUGUGCCCUCGCACAAAGGAAAUGCGCUGCCGAUAGGGAGUGCGCUAGCAACGAAAAAUGCAUCCAGCCAGGAGAGUGUGUUUGCCCACCUCCCUAUUUUCUGGAUCCGCAGGACAACAACAAGUGCAAGAGCCCUUGCGAGCGCUUCCCAUGUGGCAUCAAUGCCAAGUGUACGCCCUCGGAUCCUCCACAAUGUAUGUGCGAGGCUGGAUUCAAGGGAGAUCCACUGCUGGGAUGCACCGAUGAAGACGAGUGCUCCCAUCUCCCUUGUGCCUAUGGAGCCUACUGUGUGAACAAGAAGGGCGGCUACCAGUGCGUGUGCCCCAAGGAUUAUACAGGAGAUCCGUACAAGAGUGGCUGCAUCUUCGAGAGCGGCACACCGAAGAGCAAGUGUCUGAGCAACGAUGAUUGCGCCAGCAAUCUAGCCUGCUUGGAAGGUAGCUGCGUCAGUCCAUGCAGCAGUCUUCUGUGUGGAUCGAAUGCCUACUGUGAGACUGAGCAACAUGCUGGCUGGUGUCGUUGCCGUGUGGGAUACGUCAAAAAUGGCGAUGGAGACUGCGUGUCGCAGUGCCAGGACGUGAUCUGUGGCGAUGGAGCUCUCUGCAUUCCAACCAGCGAGGGACCCACCUGUAAGUGCCCGCAAGGACAGCUCGGCAAUCCCUUCCCAGGCGGCAGCUGCAGCACGGAUCAGUGCUCAGCUGCCAGACCUUGUGGUGAGCGGCAGAUCUGCAUCAAUGGAAGAUGCAAGGAGCGCUGCGAGGGUGUGGUCUGUGGUAUUGGAGCCACUUGUGAUAGAAACAAUGGAAAGUGCAUCUGCGAACCAAACUUUGUGGGUAAUCCCGACUUGAUCUGUAUGCCGCCCAUCGAGCAGGCCAAGUGCUCUCCAGGAUGUGGAGAGAACGCACACUGCGAGUACGGAUUGGGUCAGAGCCGAUGUGCCUGUAACCCAGGAACCUUUGGUAAUCCCUAUGAAGGCUGCGGAGCGCAAAGCAAGAACGUAUGCCAGCCGAAUAGCUGUGGACCCAAUGCCGAAUGCCGUGCUGUGGGCAACCACAUCUCCUGUGUUUGUCCACAGGGCUUCAGUGGUAAUCCCUACAUUGGCUGCCAGGAUGUGGAUGAGUGCGCCAACAAACCUUGUGGUCUAAAUGCCGCCUGUUUGAAUAGAGCCGGAGGAUUCGAGUGCUUGUGUCUUUCUGGACAUGCCGGUAAUCCCUACAGCAGUUGUCAACCCAUUGAGAGCAAGUUCUGCCAAGAUGCGAAUAAGUGCCAGUGCAAUGACCGAGUGGAGUGUCCCGAUGGCUACAGUUGCCAGAAAGGACAAUGCAAGAACCUCUGCUCCCAGGCUUCGUGUGGUCCAAGAGCCAUCUGCGAUGCCGGAAAUUGCAUCUGCCCCAUGGGCUACAUUGGAGAUCCCCACGACCAAGUGCAGGGUUGCAGCGUUCGCGGUCAGUGUGGCAAUGAUGCCGACUGCCUGCACUCUGAGAUCUGCUUCCAGUUGGGCAAGGGUCUGCGCAAAUGUGUGGACGCUUGCUCCAAGAUUCAGUGUGGACCCAAUGCUCUGUGCGUGUCCGAGGAUCAUCGAUCUUCAUGUAUAUGCUCUGACGGAUACUUCGGAAAUCCAAGCAACCUACAGGUGGGUUGCCAGCCGGAAAGAACAGUUCCCGAGGAAAAGGAUAAAUGUAAAUCGGAUCAGGACUGUAAUCGAGGAUAUGGUUGUCAAGCCAGCGUUAACGGCAUCAAGGAGUGCAUUAACCUGUGCUCCAAUGUCGUCUGCGGACCCAACGAGCUGUGCAAGAUUAACCCAGCUGGGCAUGCGAUUUGCAAUUGCGCCGAGAGCUAUGUCUGGAACCCAGUGGUCUCUUCCUGCGAAAAGCCUUCACUGCCAGACUGCACCAGUGACGCUAAUUGCCCAGAUGCAUCUGCCUGUCGACCGGAUGUCUUGGGAGUCCUUAAGUGCGUCGCCAUUUGUGAUGCCUUUACGUGCCCAGCCAACUCGGUUUGCCUAGCGCGUCAGCACCAGGGACGCUGUGAUUGUCUGAACGGUUUCGUGGGUAACCCCAACGACAGGAAUGGCUGCCAGCCAGCCCAGAAACAUCACUGCAGAAACCACGCCGAAUGCCAGGAGUCCGAGGCAUGUAUUAAGGAUGAAUCUACCCAAACCCUUGGAUGUCGUCCAGCGUGUGAUACGGUGAAGUGUGGACCCCGAGCCGUUUGUGUCACCAACAACCAUCAGGCGCAGUGUCAGUGUCCACCUGGUCCUUUCGCCGGAGAUCCAUACGAUCCAUUUAAUGGCUGCCAGAGUGUUCCUUGUGUUUACAACCAUGACUGUCCACCCAGCCAGAUGUGCAACAGGAUGACACAUACAUGCUUCGAUGUCUGCGACGAGGAGUCCUGCGGUGACAAUGCCAUAUGCUUGGCUGAGGAUCAUCGAGCUGUCUGCCAGUGCCCGCCUGGAUUUAAGGGAGAUCCGUUACCGGAAGUGGCCUGCACCAAACAGGGCGGUUGUGCCGCUGGAACUUGCCACCCCUCGGCCAUUUGCGAAGUCACUCCGGAAGGACCUGUCUGCAAGUGUCCGCCUCUUUUUGUCGGCGACCCGAAGUCGGGUGGCUGUCGUCCAGAUGGUCAGUGCCCGAAUGGAGACGCCGACUGUCCAGCCAACACCAUCUGCGCCGGCGGAAUGUGCCAGAAUCCCUGCACCAACGCUUGCGGAUCGAAUGCUGAGUGCAAGGUUGUCAAUAGGAAACCCGUCUGCAGUUGUCCCCUGCGAUUCCAGCCUAUCUCUGAUACCGCCAAGGAUGGAUGUGCCCGGACCAUAUCUAAAUGUCUCACAGAUGUCGACUGCGGAGGAGCUCUAUGCUAUAAUGGACAAUGCCGUAUUGCUUGCAGGAACAGCCAAGAUUGCUCCGAUGGCGAGAGCUGCUUGAAGAACGUCUGUGUGGUCGCCUGUCUGGAUCACAGUCAGUGCGCCAGUGGACUGGCCUGUGUGGAGGGCCACUGCACCAUCGGCUGUCGCAGCAACAAGGAGUGCAAGCAGGAUCAGUCUUGUAUUGAGAACAAGUGCCUGAAUCCUUGCCAGUCUGCCAACAGUUGUGGUCCAAAUGCCCUGUGCAGCAUUGAUCAGCACCAUAGCCAGUGCAGCUGUCCGGAAGGUUUCGAGGGCAACCCCACUCCGGAACAGGGAUGUGUUCGAGUUCCAGCUCCCUGCUUAGCCAGUAAUCAGUGUCCCAGCGGACAUAUGUGCAUUGGAAAUCAAUGUAAUCUUCCCUGUACCAAGACCGCAUCCUGUGCGGUGGGAGAACGUUGCUAUCAACAAGUCUGCCGCAAGGUGUGCUAUACCAGCAACAACUGUUUGGCCGGAGAAAUCUGUAAUUCGGACAGGACGUGCCAGCCAGGAUGUGAUUCAGAUGCCGAUUGUCCACCCACCGAAUUGUGCUUGACCGGAAAGUGCAAGUGCGCCACCGGAUUUAUAGGCACACCCUUUGGAUGCUCGGAUAUUGAUGAGUGCACAGAACAGCCCUGCCAUGCCAGUGCUCGAUGCGAGAACCUUCCGGGAACCUAUCGUUGUGUAUGUCCCGAAGGAACAGUCGGAGAUGGGUACUCCCAACCGGGUUGCUCGCAGCCCAGGCAGUGCCACAAACCAGACGAUUGUGCCAAUAAUCUGGCCUGUAUACAUGGAAUGUGCACGGAUCCUUGCCUACAUACUGUUUGCGGCAUUAAUGCCAAUUGCCAGUCGGAAGGACACGAAGCUCUAUGCAGCUGUCCAGCUGGAUUCUUGGGAGACCCCAACGACACUGGAGUCGGAUGCUUCAAGGUGGAGUGCAUCGACCAUGUCGAUUGUGCGGAAGAUCGUGCCUGCGAUGCGGAAACCAAUCGAUGCAUUAAACCAUGUGACCUAACUAGUUGCGGAAAGGGCAGUUGCCAGGUGAAGGAUCACAAGGCGACAUGUGCCUGUCACGAAGGUUAUCAAUUGGUAAACGGAGUAUGUGAGGACAUCAACGAGUGUCUAUCGCAGCCAUGCCACAGCACAGCUUUUUGCCACAACCUUCCAGGAACCUACACUUGCCAGUGCCCGGAAGGAUUGAUCGGAGAUCCCCUGCAGGCCGGUUGUCGGGAUCCCAAUGAGUGUUUGAGUGAUGCGGACUGUCCCGCAUCAGCUAGUUGCCAAAACUCCCGAUGCCGUAGUCCUUGCGAGCGGCAGAAUGCUUGUGGAUUGAAUGCCAACUGCCAGGCACAGUCCCAUCAAGCCAUUUGCACUUGUCCUCUGAAUUCCCGUGGCGAUCCCACCAUCGAGUGCGUGCACAUUGAGUGCGCGGACAAUGACGAUUGCUCCGGGGAGAAAGCAUGCUUGGACUCGAAGUGCAUAGAUCCCUGUUCGCUGCCCAAUGCCUGUGGAGCUUUGGCUCGUUGCUCGGUGCAGAAUCACAUCGGAGUCUGCUCCUGCGAAGCGGGCAGCACCGGAGAUGCCAAAUUGGGCUGUGUGCAGCUGCAAUAUUGCCAGCAGGACGGACAAUGUGCCCAGGGAAGCAUUUGCUCCCACGGAAUUUGCAGUCCGCUGUGCAGCACAAACCGCGAUUGUAUUUCGGAACAGUUGUGUUUGCAGGGCGUCUGUCAGGGAACCUGCAAGUCAAACUCAACCUGUCCCCAGUUCCAGUUCUGUUCGAAUAACAUUUGCACCAAGGAGCUGGAGUGCCGAUCCGAUAGCGAGUGUGGCGAAGACGAAACCUGUCUGAGUGAUGCCUACGGGCGUGCAAAGUGUGAAUCCGUGUGUCUUGGUCGCGCUGCCUGUGGUAGGAAUGCGGAAUGCGUUGCCCGUUCCCAUGCUCCUGAUUGCCUCUGCAAGGAGGGAUUCUUUGGGGACGCCAAGUCAGGAUGCCGCAAGAUCGAGUGCACUACCGACGAUGACUGCUCUAAUGACAAGAGCUGCGACAACCACAUGUGCAAGAUUGCCUGCCUCAUUGGACAGCCGUGCGGAGAGAAUGCCCUCUGCACCACAGAACACCACCAGCAGGUUUGCCACUGCCAGCCAGGAUUUUCGGGAGAUCCGCGGGUUCGUUGCGAUGUUAUAGACUUUUGCCGGGAUGCUCCGUGCGGACCCGGAGCCCGUUGCCGAAACGCGAGGGGGUCGUACAAGUGCACCUGUCCCCCGGGACUCGUUGGUGAUCCGUACAACGAGGGCUGUCGCAGCUCCGUUGAGUGCGAGACCAACGAGGACUGUCCCCCGCAUGCCGCAUGCACCAAAACCAAUGGGGUGGCCAAGUGCCGCGAUGUCUGUGCCCAGCUGCAAUGUGGCCCCAAUGCGGAAUGUGUUCCGAAGGGCCAUGUGGCGCAGUGUGCAUGCCGCAGCGGCUACGAUGGCCAACCCGCCGACCGGGUGGCCGGCUGUAAGCCGCUGCCCUCUCCCUGUCAGGUCACCGGCGACUGUCCGACCAACACAUACUGCUCGGAUAGCGUCUGCAAACCUGCCUGUGUUCUGGACACCGAAUGUGGAGCAUUCGAAGUGUGUCAAGGUGGCCAAUGCUUCAAUCCCUGCCUUCAACCGCAGGCCUGUGGCCAGAAUGCCGAGUGCGUGAUGCAGAAUCAUCUGAAACAGUGUCAUUGCCCGGAGGGCUUCACCGGCGACUCUGCGAAGGAGUGUGUGCGUGUGCCGGUGGCCUGCGAUGGCGAGUGCGCUCCUGGAUAUACCUGCCGCGACUCCAUGUGCCUGCCCGAGUGCCACAACGAUCUGGAGUGCGCCUCCAACGAGAAGUGCCUGAAGGGCAGCUGUAUGCUGACCUGUCGGGUGGACAACGAUUGCUUCCUGGGUCACGUUUGCCUGCACAACAAGUGCGUGUAUGGCUGCCAUGUGGACGAUGACUGCAGUGCCUCAGAGUCUUGUCGCAACGAUAAGUGCGUAAACCCUUGUGUGGAGAAUCCCUGUGGUCCCAAUGCCGCCUGUUCGGUGUCCAACCACCGUGCUAGCUGCAGUUGUCUGGAGAGUAUGGUGCCCAAUCCCACACCCCAGGUGGGCUGCGUCCGUUCUCCCCCCUUGGAAUGCCGCGAGAAUCGCGACUGUGGAAAUGGAUUGGCUUGCUUCGAGUCGGUAUGCCGACCUCUAUGCGCCGAUGAUGCCGGCUGCUUGACCAACGAGCGUUGUCAGCAGGGAGUUUGCAAACCCCUUUGCCGCCACGACAAUGAGUGCGGUCAUGGAGAGCUCUGUCUGGGCCUGAAUUGCGUACCUGGAUGCCGUUCCGAUCAGGGUUGCCCCCAGGACUUGUCCUGCGUGGGUCAGCAGUGCGUGGAUCCAUGUGCAGAUCCCACUGCCUGCGGCACUAAUGCCCACUGCCAAACGAUCGAUCAUAGGAAACAGUGCUUAUGUCCAGAGGGUCUGGAUGGCAAUGCCAAUGUGGCCUGCAAGGUGCCUCGCAUUGCUUGCGGCAGGAACGAGGAUUGCCAAUCGAAUCAGCUAUGUUAUGCUGGCAGCUGUCAAGGAAAGUGCAGGAACGACCAGAACUGCCUGGCGGAUGAGCGUUGCAUGAGAGGAACAUGUAGAACCGUGUGCAACACCGAUGAGGCCUGUGCUCAGGGACAGAUUUGCGAAAACCGAAUGUGCCAGACUGGAUGUCGUACCGAUUUGAGUUGUGCCACCGACGAGGCCUGCGUGAACAAGAAAUGCCAGAAUCCGUGUCGCACACCCGGCCAAUGUGGCCAGUGUGCCGACUGUCUUGUAGUCAACCAUGGAGUCCAAUGCCAGUGUCCCGCCGCCUUCAUGGGAGACGGCUUGACUGGCUGUCAACUGCCGCCGGAACGCUGCCAUCCUGGCUGUGAAUGCGACGAAAAUGGAGCCUACUGUGCCGCCAAAUGCUCAAGAACCGAGGAUUGCGCCUGUGGACAACAGUGUGCCCGAGGAAAGUGCCGGAAUAAGUGCGGACCCAAGCGACAGUGUACGGUGGGUCAACUUUGCGAGAGAGGCGCCUGCAUUGCCGGGUGCAAGUCGAACGGUGAUUGUGCCGCCGACCAGAGCUGCGUCAAUGGAAAGUGCUCCGAUCCUUGUGCGAACGAGAAGGCUUGCGGACGUAAUGCUCUUUGCACCGUGUCCGAGCACCGGAUGCUCUGCUACUGUCCGGAUGGAUAUGAAGGCGAGCCCAGUAAGGAGUGCGUGCAGUUCGAGUGCCGUGUGGACACCGAUUGUGACAGCAAUAAGCGCUGCGACCAAGGAAAGUGCCGCAAUCCUUGCCUGGAGUAUGGAGCUUGUGGCACCAAUGCUCAGUGUCGGGUGGUGGGUCGCAAGGCCCAAUGUUCAUGUCCGCCGGACUUCUUUGGCAAUCCGGCUAGUGAGUGCCGACCCCUGGAAGGAGGAUGCUCAAGCAAACCCUGUGGUGAAAACUCCAAGUGCACUGAGGUGCCCGGAGGCUAUGAGUGCGCUUGCAUGGAUGGCUGCAUUGGUGAUGCCCACCAGGGAUGCCUUUGCGGCGGACCUCUAGUGAAUGCCUGUCGGGAUCAGCCAUGCGGACUGAAUGCCGCCUGCCACGUACUGGAAAACAAUCAAGCCGAAUGCUACUGCCCGGAGGACUUCCCCAAUGGUGAUGCCUAUGUACAAUGUUACUUGACCACGCCGAAGCAGGAUUGUCGUACCCUAGGAUGCGAAGUCGGCGGAUGUGUACGCCAGGGCUAUGAAUACGUUUGCCAGCAGGACACCGAACAAUGCUACUCAGAUACGGAUUGUCCCAGUGAAAAAUCAUGCCUCCAAGGACACUGCAGCGAUCCUUGUACAAUGCGUGGCGUGUGUGGUUUAAAUGCUCUCUGCAAAACCGUACUGCAUCGACCGCGCUGCUCCUGCCCCAGUUGCCACAUCGGUCGACCAGAGAUCGAGUGCAAGUCUGAUCCCAAGUGCCUGGCCGAGGAAACAGACCCAAAGACCAAGGAGCAGAUACCAUGCUCCGGUGACACCGAGUGUCCGGAGACGUUGCAGUGCGGCCAGUACGGCCAAUGCACAGAUCCGUGCAACAAUCCGCUCUUCAUCUGCGAGAGCAACAAGAAGUGCGAGACGAGACGUCACCAGCCCGUUUGUAUCUGCAAAUCGGGCUUCAUAGUGAAUGAGUUCGGAGAACUGACGUGCGCCCCCGACAAGCGGGAGUGCUAUCGCGACGAUGACUGCGCUUCGAACAUGGCCUGCACCGAUGGCAAGUGCCGCAAUCCCUGCAUCGUGCCCCUGGGCCGAGCCGCAAUUUGUGCCGAGAACAAGUCCUGCGAGGUGCAGAACCACAAGCCAGUGUGCAUUUGCAUGCGCGACUGCCAGCCAUCCAUAUCCAUUUGCCUGCGCGACGCCGGUUGUCCGGCUAGCCAGGCUUGCCGGAAGCUCAAGUGCGUCGAUCCGUGCGAGUUUGCCACAUGCGCACCCAACUCGCCAUGCAUUGUCGAGGAUCACAAGCCGAUAUGUAAAUUCUGCCCAGCUGGAUUUAUAGCCGAUGCCAAGAAUGGAUGUCAAAAAGAGAUCGGAUGCGCAUCGAGUGAUGAGUGCCCGUCCCAGCAGGCGUGCAUUAAUGCUCUUUGUGUGGAUCCUUGCACCUUUACCAAUCCCUGCAGCCGUAAUGAAGAUUGCCGUGUUUUUAACCAUCAGCCAUUGUGCUCAGCAGAGCACGGUCGCACGCCUGGCUGCGAACAUUGUCCACCAGGCGCAAACUGCGAUCCAACAACCGGUGCUUGUAUAAAGGCUAAUGUAACAAUAACAACUAUUACUACCAAGAACUCCACAUCUACCAAGAUACCAACGAAACCAAGAACAACAGCUAACCCAAACACAGGCGUCAAAACGACACCGACAACCACAAGGGUCACCACAAGAAAUACCACCACGACCACAACCACUACUACCACUACUUCCUCCACUAGCACUGAAUCGAGCACAAUCACAAGCGCUACUAACCAGACCAGUAAGAACCAAAAACCAGACACAGAAAGCACCACCUCCCACACUGAUGCCACGAGGCGGUAUCGCGAUGGUGAGAACAAUAUCACCGAUACUCCAACACCAAGGCCCACGAUCCACACGACCACGCUGCGGGGCGAAGGUAUCAUAAGUGACAGUCAGAGUCGGUCCACCACGACGCCCAAAAUGAAAACCACCCGACUGGAUACUUCCAACGAGGUCCCAGAUACCACCUCGCCGUGGCCAAUAGAGCUCCCAACCACGGAGGGCACCACCACGGAGGUCUACAACACCAUGAUUGCCCCGGUGGUCAACACCACUGACACCUCAUUAAUUAACCCAUGUACAGUAGAUACUAAUUGUGCCCCUAACGAGCACUGCAAGCUGGGCCAUUGCCGUAAAAAAGAACCGCCGGGUUCACCGAAAACGCCCGAACCCUGUCAAUCUAACAACGACUGCAUUGAGAGCGAGGCCUGUUACAUGGGACUGUGCCAGGAUCCUUGCGAAUUUGCCAAGAUUUGUGCCGCGACUGCCAAGUGCACCGCCAAGAGUCAUCGACCAGUGUGCACCUGUCCGCAUGGCCAUGAGGGCAAUCCGAUGGUCAAAUGUGUAACCACUCAAACCUCAAUUGAAUGCACCGACGAUUCGGACUGCGGUGUCACGGAAGCGUGCAUCAACCAGCUGUGCCAGCAUCCUUGCGAUGUCCACGAUCCUUGUGCCACGAAUGCUGUUUGCAUCAAUAGCAACCAUGCAGCUGACUGCAGCUGUGCGGAUGGCUUCCAGGGCAAUGGAUUUGUUGGCUGUCAGCCAGCACGUUCCCAUGUCUGCCAAUACAACGAGGACUGUCCACCGACGAAGCUCUGCGAUCGGCUGAACCGCCGCUGCAUCAAUCCCUGUCAAGAGGACUCUUGCGGCGAGAAUGCCGAGUGCAUACCUGUGAACCAUGGUACUGACUGCCGCUGCCUGCCCGGAUUCCUGGGAAAUGCCUACGUGCAGUGUCUUCCUAGUCAGGGAUGCCGCUCCGAUUCCGAAUGUGAUAGUAGUCAGGCCUGCAUCAAUGGAAAGUGUUCAUCGCCCUGCCAAUGUGGAGCCUAUGCCCUCUGCGAUGUGGUCAAUCAUCGUGGUGUUUGCAAGUGCCCUCCCGGCUACAACGGAAAUCCACAGGUGGGCUGCAGUCCGCCUCAAGAUCCAUGCGAUCCCAAUCCAUGCGGCUUAAAUGCCUUGUGCGAACUGGACAAUGGAAACCCCAUCUGCUACUGCCCGAAGGGUCUUACCGGAAAUCCGUUCAAAAAUUGCAUUCCUGAGGGAGAUGAGUGCACACCGAAUCCCUGUGGUCCCAACUCCGGUUGUCGUCGCGUAGGUGGAAACCCGGUUUGCUUCUGCCUGCCGGAAUAUGAGGGUCAGCCACCGUCGAUUCCUUGUGAGCUGCCUUCGAAUCCUUGCGACCCAUCGCCUUGCGGGCCAAACACUCAAUGUUCCGUACUCAGCAACGGUUUCUCCAAGUGCACCUGCCUGCCGAACUAUGUGGAGAGUCCGAACACCAUUCGUGGAUGUGUUGAACCAAUUAACCCGUGUGACCCGAACCCUUGUGGAACUGGUGCAAUCUGCGAUUCAUCGCGCCAGCCCGUGUGUUACUGUCCGGACAACAAGAUCGGCAAUCCUUUCAGACUGUGUGACAAACCUGCAGUUACCAUUGAACUUUGCCAGCCAGGACCAUGUGGCCGAAACGCCGAGUGCUAUGUGGCUGGAAAUCGAGAGGAGUGCUACUGCCGCUCGGGAUAUGUGGGAGAUGCUUACCAGGGAUGCCGUGAACCGAGUCGCACCGUUUGCGACCCCAAUCCUUGUGGACCUAAUGCCAACUGCGUUGUGGCUGGCGACGGACAAACCGCAUGCGUUUGUCCAGACGGUUUAUCAGGAGAUCCCACGUCCCCCAUUGGAUGCCAUGGGUAUGAAUGCCAGGUGGAUGCCGAUUGUCCAAACAGCAAGGCCUGCAUGGGCUAUCGCUGCUACGAUCCCUGUCCGGGAGCCUGUGGCCAAGGGGCACACUGCCAAGUUGAGGAACAUCACCCAGUUUGCUCUUGUAACGCCGGUUUGACUGGCAAUCCUGGAAUUCGCUGCUAUGCUUUGGACCAUCCCAAAACGAAUCCUUGCGUUCCAAGCCCUUGUGGCCGAAAUAGCGAGUGCAAGUUGCUGAAUAACCGAGCUGUCUGUUCCUGCAUCCCAGGUUACCUGGGCGAUCCCCAAUCGGGAUGCCAGCCUGAGUGCGACAUCAACUCGGAUUGCGGUGAUACCUUGUCGUGCAUCAACCACAAGUGCGUGGAUCCCUGUGCCGGAGCGAUCUGUGGAAUCAAUGCUAUCUGUAAUGUUCGCCAGCAUACGCCAGUAUGUCUUUGCCUUGACGGCUUCGUCGGCGACGCCUUUUUGCAAUGCGUUCCUAUUGGAAUACUGAAGAACGUUUCUCGGGAUCCGUGUGCGCCGUCACCUUGUGGUCCUCAUGACGUGUGUUCGGUAUACGGCGAUGGAGUGGCCCUUUGUGAUCCCUGCUUUGGACCCAAUGCCCAGCAGAAUCCUCGCUGCAGACCCGAGUGCGUGGCCAAUUCGGAUUGUCCGUUUGAUCGCGCGUGUUUGGGCCAGCGUUGUCUGGAUCCAUGUCCCGGAUCCUGUGGGCGGAAUGCUAUCUGCAAUGUCUACGAGCAUAACCCCGUAUGCGCUUGUCCAACAGGACUAUUUGGAAAUCCCUACGAACAGUGCACGACUAAGUCGGUUGUCGAGCAGCCACCACAACCAAGCUGCGCCAAACUCCAUUGCGGUGCCAAUGCGGAGUGCAAGCGUCAGCACAGCGGCCUUGCCUGCGUCUGCCGUAAGGGUUACUUCGGAGACCCACAUAUUGGUUGUCGGCCAGAGUGUGUUCUCAACAGUGACUGUCCCGCUGAAAAGGCCUGCUUGAACUCCAAGUGCGUAGAGGCGUGUAACGGAGUGUGUGGCGUUAAUGCCGUUUGCCGUGUGGUUAACCAUGCGCCAGUUUGCAUAUGUGCCGAGGGAUAUAGUGGAGAUGCCUCUAUUGCCUGCAAUCCAUUCUAUCUGCCACCUCCAGAGCGACCUCAUCCGUGUGAGCCAUCGCCAUGCGGACCAAACUCUCGAUGCAAGGCCACCCCUGAUGGCUAUGCAGCCUGUUCCUGCCUGCCCAACUUCAAAGGAGCUCCACCAGUCUGUCAGCCAGAGUGUGUGGUUAGCUCGGAGUGUGCUCCCAACCAGGCAUGUCUGAAUCAGAGGUGCGCAGAUCCAUGCCCAGGUAUUUGCGGUGGUGGAGCUCGCUGCGAAGUGCUUAACCAUAACCCCAUCUGCUCUUGUGAGGCCAACUUCGAGGGUGAUCCGUUUGUGGCGUGCUCACCCAUUCAGGAUCCAGGUCGCGACAUCUCUGUGCCAAAGAACCCGUGCGUGCCAUCUCCUUGCGGACCCAACUCCAUUUGCCAGAUUAAACAAAACCGACCAGUCUGCUCCUGUGUGGCCAACUAUAUAGGCAGCCCGCCGUAUUGCCGACCGGAGUGCACGCUGAGCAGUGAGUGUCCAUCGGACAAGGCCUGCAUCAACGAAAAGUGCCAGAAUCCGUGUGCCAACGUAUGUGGACACAAUGCCCGUUGUACGGUUAUCGCCCACUCCGCCCACUGCAGUUGCGAUGAGGACUACGAGGGAGAUGCCUUCAUUGGUUGCUCUAAGAAAAUUGCAGAAAGGCCCGGCGAUCACAUUGAUCCAUGCUACCCCAACCCAUGUGCCGAGAACGCUGUUUGCACGCCUUACAAUAAUGCCGCGCGAUGCACCUGCAUUGAGCCAUACAAUGGCGAUCCCUACAGUACCGGAUGUCGACCGGAAUGUAUCUACAGCUCGGAAUGCCCCUCAUCACUGGCCUGCAUCAAGCAGCACUGUCGCGAUCCUUGCACGGCUGCUUGUGGAGCGAAUGCCGAGUGUGCGGUGGUUAACCAUUUGCCCUCUUGCAGUUGCACCAGAGGAUUUGAGGGUAAUCCGUUUGACGGAUGCAAGCGGGUGGCCAUUGUGCGACCCGAAAGCGUGUGUGAGCCCAAUCCUUGUGGACCGAACAGUAUCUGUCGCUCUGUAGAGGGACAUCCUACGUGCAGUUGCCAGGUUGGCUACUUCGGAGCUCCGCCGCAGUGCAGACCUGAAUGUGUGGUCAGCUCAGAGUGUGCGCAGCAUUUGUCCUGCAUAAAUCAGAAGUGUAUGGAUCCAUGUGUGGAUACUUGUGGAUUCAACGCCAAAUGUCAAGUCAACAACCACAAUCCCAUCUGCUCCUGUCCAGCCAACUAUGAGGGAAAUCCAUUUGAGCAAUGUGUGCCUAAAUCUGCAGAUCCACACCACAACGUGGAUCCUUGCCUGCCCAGCCCAUGCGGUUCCAAUUCCAUUUGCCGAAAUGUGAACAAUAGAGCGGAGUGCUCUUGUGCGCCAGGAAUGUUCGGAGCACCACCUAACUGUCGACCAGAGUGUGUGAUUAACCAGGAUUGCCCAUCAAAUCGGGCUUGUAUACGACAGCGGUGCGAGGAUCCUUGCAUUGGAAUUUGCGGCUUCAAUGCCGUGUGCUCCACGCAGAACCACCAGCCCAAGUGCAGUUGCAUUGAAAGCUUUGAGGGUGAUCCGUACACCGCCUGCAGAAUGCGUGAGAUCGUGGUGCUAGAUCCACCCACCGAUCCAUGCUACCCAUCGCCAUGUGGUGCGAAUGCCAUUUGUCGCGUGCGCAACGGAGCCGGCUCCUGUUCCUGUAUCCAAAAUUACUUUGGCGACCCCUAUAUCAACUGCCGCCCUGAAUGCGUCCAGAAUAGCGAUUGUCCCAGUAACCGUGCCUGUAUAAACAUGAAGUGCCACGAUCCUUGCGCCAAUGCAUGUGGAUUUAAUGCCAUUUGCCGGGUGGCUCAUCAUCAGCCCAUCUGCAGUUGUGAACCUCACUUCACAGGCAAUCCACUGCGCGCAUGCGUCGAGAGGCCCACAAACAUGUACCUUCCCCUGCCCAAAGACCCUUGUAGACCGUCGCCUUGUGGCCUGUUCAGCACGUGCCAUGUAGUUGGGGAUCGACCUGUGUGUGCCUGUUUGCCAGACUACAUGGGUGCUCCGCCCAACUGCAGGCCCGAGUGUAUGACCAGUGCCGAGUGUCCUUCGGAUAGGGCCUGUAUUAACCAGCGCUGCAAAGAUCCUUGUCCUGGAACGUGUGGCUACAAUGCCCGCUGUCGUUGCACCAAUCAUUCGCCAAUUUGCAGUUGCUACGAUGGCUACACCGGGGAUCCGUUCCACCAGUGCGUUCCUGAAAGAAAACCACCACCAAUAGCUGAUCCUAUUGUUCCGCCCAAUCCUUGUGUGCCAUCACCCUGUGGACCCAACUCUCAGUGCCAGGUUUCCAGCAGUGGAGCAGUGUGCUCCUGCGUAACCAAUUACAUAGGACGACCACCUGGUUGUCGGCCAGAGUGCAGCAUCAAUUCCGAGUGCCCGGCCAGAAUGGCCUGCAUCAAUGCUCGAUGUGCCGAUCCGUGCAUAGGAUCGUGUGGAAAUAACGCACUCUGCCAUGUCAGCCUCCAUGCACCAGUGUGCAUGUGUGAGCCCGGAUUUUCCGGCGAUCCAUUCUCCGGCUGCUACAAGAUUAUUGAGACCCCCAUUGAGGUAAUCCAACCGUGCCGCCCCAGCCCUUGCGGCUUAAAUGCCCUUUGCGAGGAGCGGAAUCAAGCCGCCGCCUGCAAGUGUCUUCCGGAAUACUUUGGAGAUCCCUAUGUCGAGUGUCGCCCCGAGUGCGUCAUCAACUCGGACUGUCCCAGGUCGCGAGCUUGCGUCAAUCAAAAGUGCGUGGAUCCCUGUCCGGGAAUGUGCGGUCACAACGCCCUGUGCGCCGUCUUCAACCACGCUCCCAACUGCGAAUGCCUACCUGGUUACACGGGCAACCCCAUCGUUGGUUGUCACAUAGUCCCUGAUAUUCCACGCUAUCCCGACCCCAUAGUGCCCGAAAACCCUUGCCAACCCUCGCCCUGUGGCCUCUACAGCAACUGUCGUCCGGUCAAUGGCCACGCAGUCUGCUCCUGUGUGCCCAGCUACAUCGGCUCUCCUCCCAACUGCCGGCCCGAGUGCAUGAGCAGCUCGGAGUGCGCGCAGGACAAGUCGUGCCUUAACGAGCGCUGCAAGGAUCCCUGCCCAGGCACCUGCGGCAAUAACGCGCUCUGUCGCGUGGUCAACCACAACCCCAUCUGCUCCUGCAGUCCCGGCUUCAGCGGUGAUCCCUUCGUGCGCUGCUUCCCACAAGAGAAGCGGCCGCCCAUUACCCAUGACCGCAUCGAACCGUGUGUGCCCUCGCCAUGUGGGCCCAACUCAGAGUGCCGGGUGUCGGCCGCCAAUGAGCAGGCUGUCUGCUCAUGCUUGCAGCAUUACGUGGGUAGGGCGCCAAAUUGCCGGCCGGAGUGUACAUCCGACUCUGAGUGCCCCGGCAAUUUGGCCUGCAUCAAUCUGCGCUGCCGGGAUCCGUGUGUCGGUACCUGCGGCAUACAGACCACUUGCCUUGUAAAUAAUCAUAGACCCAUUUGCCGCUGCAUUGACGGCUAUGCAGGGGAUCCAUUCUCAGAGUGUAGUCCGAAGAUUAUUGUCCCGGUGGAAGUGGCACAGCCCUGCAACCCGAGUCCCUGCGGCGCCAAUGCUGUGUGCAAGGAGCGCAAUGGAGUGGGUUCCUGCUCCUGCCUACCGGAGUAUAAUGGAGACCCGUACACGGAGUGCCGCCCAGAGUGCGUGCUGAAUAGUGACUGCUCGAAGAACCGUGCCUGCCUCAACAACAAGUGUCGCGAUCCCUGUCCGGGAGUCUGUGGCGUCUCUGCCGAGUGCCACGUGAUCAACCACGCACCCAGCUGCAGUUGUCCUUCCGGUUUCACUGGCAAUCCCUCGCAAUUUUGUCGGGAGAUACCAAGAUUGCCCGCUCCCGUUGAACCUUGUCGGCCUUCGCCCUGCGGACCUUACAGCCAGUGCCGUGAGGUUAACGGACAUGCGGUCUGCUCCUGCGCUACCAAUUACAUUGGCACACCGCCCGCCUGUCGUCCGGAGUGCUCGGUGAGCUCCGAGUGCGCUCAGGACAGGGCAUGUGUGAACCAGCGCUGUGCGGACCCGUGUCCCGGUACCUGUGGCAAUGAAGCUAUCUGCAAAGUGACCAACCACAACCCGAUCUGCUCCUGCCCAGCCGGCUACAGUGGCGAUCCUUUCGUUCGCUGUGCGCCGUGGCAGGAGGAACCAGAGCAACCCAAGUCCAAUGAAAAUCCUUGUGUGCCCAGUCCCUGUGGACGCAAUUCUCAGUGUCGUGUCGUGGGCGAGACGGGUGUGUGCUCCUGUCUGCCAAAUUUCGUAGGCAGGGCGCCUAAUUGCCGUCCAGAGUGCACCAUCAACACAGAGUGUUCUGCCAACCUGGCCUGCAUCAAUGAGCGCUGUCAGGAUCCCUGUCCGGGAUCCUGCGGCUUUAAUGCUUACUGCAGCGUGGUAAACCACUCGCCCAUGUGCACCUGCGACACUGGUUACACAGGUGACCCCUUCGCCGGCUGCAAUCCACAACCUCCAGCCAUAUCCGAUGAGCGUUUGACCCCCUGCCAACCCUCGCCCUGUGGUCCCAAUGCCGAGUGCCGUGAGCGCAACGGAGCCGGCUCCUGUACUUGUCUGCCGGAAUAUUUCGGUGAUCCGUACAGUGGCUGCCGUCCCGAAUGCGUGGUGAACAGUGAUUGUUCGCGCGACAAGUCGUGCGUCAACCAGAAAUGCGUAGACCCGUGUCCAGGUGUUUGUGGUUUGAAUGCCCAGUGUCGUGUGUCCAAUCAUCUUCCCAGUUGCUCAUGCCUGGCUGGAUACACUGGAAAUCCGUCGAGCGCGUGCCGUGAAAUUCCCCAGUUGCCCCCACCACCCGAACGGGAUGAGAACCCCUGUAGACCAUCUCCCUGUGGUCCCUAUAGUCAGUGCCGCGAGGUCGACGGCCAUGCCGUGUGCUCCUGCCUUCAGGGCUUCAUCGGAUCGGCUCCCAACUGCCGGCCCGAGUGCGUCAUUAGCUCGGAUUGCGCCCAAAAUCUUAACUGUCAGAAUCAAAAGUGCGUGGACCCGUGCCCGGGUACAUGUGGCAUCGAGGCCCGCUGCCAGGUCAUUAACCACUAUCCCGCAUGCUCCUGUGCCCCAGGUUUUACCGGAGAUCCCUUCAACCGGUGCACCAAGAUAUUGUUGGAGCCCCCACCCACCGAUAAGUCUGGUAAUCCCUGCAUCCCAUCACCAUGCGGACCCAACUCGAAAUGCCUCGAUGUCCGUGGUUCGCCUGCAUGCUCCUGUCUGCCCGACUACCUGGGACGUCCGCCAAACUGCCGGCCCGAGUGCCUCAGUAGUGCCGACUGUCCUGCCAAUCUGGCCUGUGUGAACCAGCGCUGCUCGAAUCCAUGCAUCGGCGCUUGCGGCCUGCACUCCGUGUGCACGGUCAUCAAGCACCGACCAGCGUGCGAGUGUGUGCCCGGUUACACCGGAGAUCCCUUCUCAGGCUGUGCGAUCGUACAGCAAAUUGCCCCGCCGGACGAGACAAGAAAUCCUUGCAAUCCCAGCCCCUGCGGAGCAAAUGCCAUUUGCCGGGAGCGCAAUGGAGCUGGCUCUUGCGCCUGUCUGCCCGAGUACUUUGGUGAUCCGUACAGUGGAUGCCGACCGGAAUGUGUCCAGAACGACGAUUGUGAUCGCACGCGUGCCUGCAUCAACAACAAGUGUCAGGAUCCAUGUCCCGGAGCCUGCGGCAUCAACGCUGAGUGCAGGGUCCUAAAUCACGGACCGAACUGCAACUGUUUCGAUGGCUACACUGGAGAUCCGCAUCGCUCGUGCUCGUUAAUCGAGGUGGUCACCAUACGACCGGAGCCAUGCAAGCCAUCACCCUGCGGACCGUACAGCCAGUGCUUGGACACCAACAGUCAUGCAGUGUGCAGCUGCUUGGAAGGCUACAUUGGAGCACCGCCUAGCUGCAAACCGGAAUGUGUGGUCAGUUCGGAGUGCCCACAGAACAGGGCUUGCAUUAACCAGAAGUGCCAGGAUCCUUGUCGAGGAUCUUGUGGCAAUAAUGCUAAAUGCCAAGUGGUGAACCACAACCCCAUCUGUACCUGCCAGCCAGGCAUGACAGGUGAUCCGAUAUCCGGCUGUCAGCCCACGCCUGAAGUCAAGAACGUGGAAAAUCCGUGUGUGCCGUCACCAUGUGGACCGAACUCUGUUUGCCGAGAGAUUGGAAACCAAGCAGCUUGUUCCUGUAACGCGGGCUACAUUGGACGCCCGCCCACUUGCCGACCGGAAUGUACAAACAAUGACGAGUGCCAGAAUCAUCUCUCCUGUCAGCAGGAGCGCUGCGUGGAUCCAUGCCCCGGUUCGUGUGGUAGCAACGCCAUCUGCCAGGUGGUGCAGCAUAAUGCUGUAUGCUCCUGCGCCGAUGGAUACGAGGGAGAGCCACUCUUUGGUUGCCAGCUGAUUCCAGCAGUGACGCCCACCGAGUCGCCAUCAUCGCCCUGCGAACCAUCACCAUGCGGUCCUCAUGCCGAGUGUCGGGAGAGGAAUGGAGCUGGAGCUUGCUACUGUCACGAUGGAUUCGAGGGUAAUCCCUACGAUGCCCAACGAGGAUGCCGACGAGAGUGCGAGAAUAACGAUGAUUGUUCCGCUGUCCAAGCCUGUUCUCGUUUCAAAUGCGUCGAUCCAUGCAACAAUAUCUGCGGAGACUAUGCGAUUUGCACAGUUGAUAAACAUGUGCCCACUUGUGACUGCCCGCCUGGAUACACUGGAGAUCCGUUCUUCAGCUGCAAACCCGUGCCGGUCACACCGCGUCCUCCGCUUAACCCAUGCAAUCCAUCUCCAUGUGGACCCAACAGCAAUUGUCGUGCGAUGAACAACCAGGCAGUGUGUUCCUGCCAGGCGGGUUUCAUCAACCAGCCGCCCAACUGCAAACCGGAAUGCGUGGUCAGCGCCGAGUGUGCUCCGGAAAGAGCAUGUGUAAACAAGAAGUGCGUUGAUCCCUGUCAGCAUACCUGCGGCAUCCGGGCUAUCUGCACCACCAAGAACCACAGUCCCAUCUGCACAUGUCCCAGGACGAUGACUGGAGAUCCGUUUGUUGAGUGCACUAGAGUUGCAAUCACCAAUGACAAUACAACACCGUCGCCGGCUCCCGCAUCCUGUGUGCCUUCGCCUUGUGGACCCAAUGCCAAGUGUCAGAUCGUGGGCAAUAGUCCGGCAUGCUCCUGCCUGCCGAACUUCAUCGGGGCUCCGCCUCGUUGUCGCCCGGAGUGCGUGCUGAACUCGGAAUGCGGACCUACGGAAGCUUGUAUUAACCAAAAGUGUGCCGAUCCUUGCUCUGGAUCCUGCGGAUUCGAGGCCAAGUGCCAUGUGCUCAACCACCUGCCCAUCUGCAACUGCAUUGAGGGCUUCGAGGGAGAUCCGUUUGUGCGUUGCACGAAGAAGGAAGAAGAUAGAUCUCCCCUACCCAAGAAUGAUCCAUGCAACCCGAACCCGUGUGGACAAAAUGCGGACUGCUUUGCCGGAGAGUGCCGCUGCCAAAAUAACUACCAAGGCAAUGCCUACGAGGGAUGUCGUCCUGAGUGCACGCUGUCGGCGGAUUGUCCUAGGGACAAGGCCUGUAUGCGAAACCGCUGUGUGGAUCCCUGUCCAGGAAUCUGCGGUAACAAUGCCGUGUGUGAGGUGAUGAACCACAUUCCGGUGUGCUCAUGCGUCAAGGGCUAUGAGGGUGAUCCGUUCGUGAACUGUCGUGUGAAACCCGUCGUGGAGGACCCUAUUAUUGAGGCCUGCUCUCCAUCGCCAUGCGGUUCCAACAGUCAGUGUCGAGACGUUAACGGACAUGCGGUUUGCUCUUGCCUGGUUGGUUAUAUUGGAUCACCGCCCCAGUGCCGUCCCGAGUGUGUGGUGUCCAGCGAGUGCUCCGCCUUACAAGCUUGUGUCAACAAGAAGUGCGUGGAUCCAUGCGCUGCAGCUUGUGGUCUGGAGGCCCGUUGUGAGGUCAUCAAUCAUAGUCCGAUUUGUGGCUGCCCACCUGGCCGAACUGGAGAUCCGUUCAAGCAAUGCGUUGUCCUGCAACCGAUUCCUGCCCCAGAUGUAAAGACACCGCCUCAAGAUCCCUGCGUGCCAUCGCCGUGCGGACCCAACUCGAUUUGCAAGAAUGAUAGGAAUGGUCCCGUCUGCCAAUGCCAAGCAGAGUUCUUUGGCUCGCCGCCCAACUGUCGACCCGAGUGCAUCAUCAAUCCGGACUGUCAAUCUACGCAGGCGUGCAUCAACAACAAAUGCAGCAAUCCAUGCCCAGAAUCAUGCGGAACCAAUGCCGAGUGUCGUGUCAUCGGGCACGCUGUGUCCUGCUCAUGUCCAGCAGGAUACGCCGGCAACGCCUUUGUUCAGUGUGUGCCGCAGCAAGAGGAGCCACCGAAGCCUUGCCAGCCAUCGCCAUGUGGUCCAAAUGCCGAGUGCAUUGAACGGAACGGAGCCGCUGCCUGCAAAUGUAUUGAUGAGUACCAGGGUAACCCGUACGAGGGUUGUCGUCCCGAGUGCGUACUGAGCUCAGAUUGUCCCACGGACAAGACAUGCAUCCGCAACAAGUGCCAGGAUCCUUGCCCAGGAAUUUGUGGAUUGAACGCCCAGUGCUAUGCUGUGAACCAUGUGCCCAACUGUGUCUGCGACGAUGGCUACACAGGAGAUCCGUUCGCCAGUUGUCGUCGAGUGGAGGUCACAACACCACCACCAGUUGCAGAUCCUUGCAUUCCGUCCCCCUGCGGAGCCAACAGCAAAUGCAGGGUCGCCAAUGGCUUAGCCGUAUGCUCAUGCCUGGAUACAUUUAUUGGAGCCCCACCGAAUUGCAAACCAGAGUGCACAGUUAAUGCCGAGUGUCCUUCGACCAAGGCGUGUCACAAGUUCCGUUGCGCUAAUCCUUGCGCCAAGACGUGUGGCCUGAAUGCGAAGUGUGAAGUGAUUAACCAUAAUCCCAUCUGUAGUUGUCCCUUGGACAUGACGGGUGAUCCAUUCGCUCGCUGCUACCCAGCUCCGCCACCGCCGCCGCCAGGACCCAAGGAUGAGCCCGUUAGGAGACCAUGCCAACCCUCGCCAUGUGGAUUGAACUCGGAAUGCAGAGUGCGUGACGAUCAGGCCUCGUGCUCUUGCCUGCCCAACUUUAUAGGAGCACCACCCAACUGCCGACCCGAAUGUGUUGUAAACACGGAUUGUGCGCCGGACCGAGCUUGCAUUGCCGAGAAGUGCCGUGAUCCUUGCGAUGGAUCCUGCGGAGUCGGCUCCGAAUGUCGUGUUCAGAACCACUUGGCCAUCUGCACUUGCCCUGGAGGAUUCACCGGUGAUCCGUUUGUUCGUUGCUUCGAGUACAUCGAAGAGAUCACAAAGUCACCUCCACUCACACAAGAUCCUUGCGAUCUGCAGCCAUGCGGAUCAAAUGCGGAGUGCCGAAACGGCAUCUGUAGCUGCCUCUCGGACUACCAGGGAGAUCCCUACACCGGCUGUCGUCCAGAGUGUACAUUGAGUACUGACUGCGCCCCUACCAAGGCUUGCUUGAACAAGAAGUGUGUUGAUCCUUGCCCAGGAGUAUGUGGCCAGAACUCGCAGUGUGAUGUUUCGAACCACAUACCGAUUUGCAGUUGCCUGCAGGGCUACACAGGCGAUCCGUUUGUCCACUGUCGCCACGAGACGCCGGUCGCCAAGGAUCCAUGCCAACCGAACCCAUGCGGCCCCAACAGCUUGUGCCACAUAUCCGGACAAGGACCUGUCUGCGCCUGCCAACCGGGAAUGUUGGGCUCACCGCCCGCCUGCAAACCAGAGUGCAUUGUCAGCUCCGAGUGCUCGUUGCACACUGCCUGUGUGAACAGAAAGUGCGUCGAUCCUUGCCCCGGAGCCUGUGGGCAAUUUGCUCGCUGCCAGGUGAUCAACCACAACCCGUCGUGCUCAUGCAACACGGGCUACACUGGUGAUCCGUUUACGCGAUGCUACCAGGAGGAACGCAAGCCACCACCGACACCAGAAAACCCAUGCCAGCCAUCUCCUUGCGGACCGAAUUCCGAGUGCAAGGUGCUGAAUGGAAACGCUGCCUGUUCGUGUGCGGCCACCUUCAUUGGAACGCCACCAAGCUGCCGACCCGAGUGCUCCAUCAAUCCGGAAUGUCCACCAACCAAGGCUUGUAUCCGCCAAAAGUGCUCGGAUCCGUGUGUGAAUGCCUGUGGAUUUAAUGCCCGCUGCAAUGUGGCCAAUCAUCAACCCAUCUGCACAUGCGAUGUGGGCUAUACUGGAGAUCCGUUUACUGGCUGUCAGAAGGAGCAAGAACGCAUUGUCAAUGAGCAGGUGACUCCCUGCGAGCCCAAUCCCUGUGGCUCGAAUGCGGUUUGCCGUGAGAGGAAUGGCAUCGGUUCCUGCCAGUGCCUGCCCGAUCACUUUGGUGACCCGUAUCAGUCGUGUCGUCCGGAGUGCGUACGCCACUCGGACUGCGCCUCCAAUAAGGCGUGCCAACAGCAGAAGUGUCGCGAUCCCUGUCCAGGCACCUGCGGCAGCAAUGCGGACUGCAGUGUUACGAACCAUCUGCCCACCUGUACAUGCCGCAUUGGAUACACGGGUGAUCCGUACCGUUACUGCCACGUGGACCCGCCCCAGCUCCCUGCCCGAGUGACCGAACCAUCACAACCUUGCCGCCCCUCACCUUGUGGUCCCAACUCGCAGUGCCGCGAACUCAACGGCCAGGCCGUGUGCUCCUGCCUGGAGCUCCACAUCGGCCUGCCACCCAACUGUCGACCCGAGUGUGUGUUGAGCACAGAGUGUCCCACCGAUAAGGCUUGCAUCAGUCAACGUUGUCAGGAUCCGUGUCCAGGCACUUGUGGCAUCAGUGCCGAGUGCCGGGUGCGUAAUCAUAGUCCUCUGUGUCAGUGUCGUCAAGGUUUCACCGGUGAUUCCUUUACCCGUUGCUAUCCCCUGCCACCUCCACCGCCUGUAAUCGAACGAGUUGAGCGUGAUCCUUGCCUGCCAUCGCCCUGCGGAUUGAAUAGCCAAUGCCGCAAUGUACAAGGUGUCCCAUCCUGUAGCUGUCUGCCAGAGUUCUUGGGUGCACCACCCAACUGUAGGCCGGAGUGCACGAUCAGUGCAGAGUGUCCCUCAAAUCUCGCUUGCAUACGGGAGAAGUGCAUAGAUCCCUGUCCCGGUUCCUGUGGCUAUGCCGCCGAGUGUAGUGUAGUUAACCAUACGCCCAUUUGUGUCUGUCCCGCUGGCUUUACGGGUGAUCCGUUCUCCAGUUGUCGUCCAGCGCCGCCACCAGAGCCCGUACAAAGCGAAUAUGUGGAUCCCUGUAACCCAUCACCUUGUGGCUCGAAUGCCCAAUGCAACGCAGGAGUCUGUACUUGUCUGGCCGAAUUCCAUGGCGAUCCCUACUCUGGUUGCCGUCCCGAGUGUGUUCUAAACUCCGACUGUCCCAGGGACAAGGCUUGCCAUCGCAGCAAGUGCGUAAACCCAUGUCCAGGAACUUGUGGCGAGAAUGCCAUUUGCGAUGUCAUCAAUCACAUACCCAUGUGCAGAUGUCCCGAACGCACCGCUGGCAGCGCGUUUAUCCGCUGCUCUCCUGUGCAGAGUACGUCGAAUUGGUUAACCUUCUCAAAAGCUCCUCUAACAAUUGUCCCCCUAGUUACCGUAUCUAAUCCCUGCCGACCCUCACCUUGUGGUCCAAACUCGCAGUGCCGAGAGACUAAUCAGCAAGCGGUGUGUUCAUGCCUGCCAAGCUUCAUUGGAACUCCGCCAUCCUGCAGACCCGAGUGCACCUCGAAUGCGGAGUGUGCACCCACUCAAGCUUGCCUGAACCAACGGUGUGGAGAUCCCUGCCCCGGAACAUGUGGAGUUGGUGCUAAUUGCGCUGUUGUCAGCCAUAGCCCCUUCUGCACAUGUCCUGAGAGGUUUACGGGUAAUCCCUUCAUUCGUUGCCAGCCCCAGAGUAAGACCAAUAGGCCGGAAAAAGAGUCAUCUUUACAUGAGUUAACUUUCCCAGUUGAACCUCCCGUUCGUGAUGUUGUGCCCGUUGAUCCAUGUCGCCCAUCUCCCUGUGGACCUUAUUCCCAGUGUCGCCCUGUUGGCGAGGCCCCUGCCUGUUCCUGUCUGGAGACCUAUAUUGGACGUCCUCCGAACUGUCGACCAGAGUGUGUGACCAGCUCGGACUGCACCAGCCAACAGGCCUGUGUGAACCAGAAGUGUGUCGACCCUUGUCCAGGACGCUGUGGCCUUAAUGCCGAGUGCUUUGUGGUUAGCCACGCCGUGCAAUGUAUUUGCCAGCAGGGCUUCAGCGGAGACCCGUUCGUGCAGUGCAAACCGGAGAUCGCAUAUGAAAAUGAAAUCCGUACUCCGUGCAGUCCGAGUCCUUGUGGGCCGAAUGCCGUGUGCCGUGAUCGCAACGGAGUUGGAUCCUGCCAGUGCCUGCCGGAAUACUUUGGAGAUCCUUACGCAGGCUGUCGCCCGGAGUGCAUGCUUGACUCGGACUGUCCGUCCAACCGGGCGUGCCAACAACUGAGAUGCCAGGACCCAUGCCCCGGAACCUGUGGACUGAAUGCCAACUGUCAAGUGGUGAACCAUCUGCCAACCUGUACUUGCCUGACCGGAUUUGUGGGUGACCCAUACCGUCAAUGUAAUCGACUGCCAGAACCUCCGCAAAACGAGUAUGUGAACCCAUGUCAGCCGACACCUUGUGGUCCCAACUCCCAGUGCCGCGUUUCGAAUGAGCAGGCGGUUUGCUCUUGCCUGCCCCUGUUCGUAGGAACUCCACCAUCCUGCCGACCCGAGUGUACCAUCUCCUCGGAGUGUUCUGCUGAUAGGGCUUGUGUAAAUCAGAAAUGUGUGGAUCCUUGCGCGGCGGAUACAUGCGGCAAUAAUGCCAUAUGUAGAGUGCGCAACCACAGCCCUAUUUGCAGUUGCAUUAACGGCUACACAGGCGACGCCUUUACUCGAUGCUUCCCUAUUCCACCGCCGAUUAUUGAGACCAAGGACGAACCUUUGAGGGAUCCCUGUAUACCAACACCCUGUGGUCCUAACUCCGAGUGCCGGAAUAUCAAUGGUGUGCCUGCCUGUUCCUGUCUGGCUAAUUUCAUUGGCCAGGCACCAAAUUGUCGCCCUGAGUGCACGAUCAACUCCGAAUGUCCCAGCCAGCUGGCGUGUAUUAACCAAAAGUGUCGCGAUCCCUGCCCAGGAGCCUGCGGUCAGAACGCCGUUUGCAGUGUCAUCAAUCACACACCACUGUGUGCCUGCAUCGAUGGUUAUAUAGGAAAUCCGUUUACCAGCUGCAACCCCAAACCUCCAGAACCCCCCGCGCCACCAGUUGCCGACGAUCCUUGCAAUCCAUCGCCUUGCGGAGCUAAUGCUCUGUGCCGUAAUGGCCAAUGCUCUUGUAUACCUGAGUACCAAGGGGAUCCAUACGUCUCGUGUCGUCCUGAGUGUGUGCUCAACACCGAUUGCCCAAGGGAUCGGGCCUGUGUGCGCAACAAAUGCAUCGAUCCCUGUCCUGGAACCUGUGGGGUGAACGCCCUGUGCGAGGUUAAUAACCAUAUCCCUAUUUGCCGUUGUCCAGAGCAAAUGUCUGGUAAUGCCUUCUUCGAGUGUCGACCUGUUCCGCCUGCCAAGAUUCAAAAUCCCUGCCAACCGUCGCCUUGUGGCCCGAACAGCCAGUGCCGUGUGGUGCAACAAACUGCGGUCUGUUCCUGCCUGGCCAACUACGUGGGCAGCCCGCCGCAAUGUCGGCCGGAAUGUGUAACCAACUCAGACUGUCCUGCCGAUCAAGACUGCCAAAAUAUGAAGUGUCGCGACCCGUGUCCUGGUACUUGUGGCUUUAAUGCCCUGUGCAACGUCGUCAACCACCGUCCCUUCUGCAGCUGCCCCACAGGCAUGUCCGGAAAUCCUUUCGUGAGCUGUCAGCCGCUAAUUAUACGCGAUGAAAGACCUCAAAAUCCCUGCCAGCCUUCUCCAUGCGGUCCCAACUCCGAAUGUCGUGUAUCUGGAGACUCGCCAUCUUGUUCAUGUCUACCUGAAUUUGGGGGAGCACCGCCCAACUGCCGACCCGAGUGUAUAUCCAACUCCGAGUGUCCCUCAAACCAGGCUUGUAUAAACCAGAAAUGUGUGGAUCCCUGCCCUGGGCUGUGUGGUCAGAAUGCCAUUUGUCGGGUGUUCAGUCAUAGUGCCAUGUGCUUGUGUGACGGUGGCUUCACCGGAGAUCCGUUUAGUCAGUGUAGUCCAAUAAGAGAUAGUCCUCCUGAAGUUCUGCAGCCCUGCAACCCCAGUCCUUGCGGCGUCAAUGCCAAGUGCGAAGAACGUGGUGGUGCAGGAUCCUGCCAGUGUCUGCCUGAUUACUUUGGAAAUCCCUAUGAUGGCUGCCGUCCCGAGUGCGUUCUGAACUCUGACUGCCCGUCAAAUCAGGCAUGUGUCAACCAGAAAUGCCGUGAUCCCUGUCCCGGCACCUGUGGCCAAAACGCCGAGUGCCAGGUGAUCAAUCACUUGGCCACCUGUAAUUGUUUGGUUGGAUACAACGGCGAUCCGUACAGCAUAUGCCGCAUCACAGUUAAUGAGCCGCCUGAACGCGUCUAUGUGAACCCUUGUCAGCCGUCUCCAUGCGGUCCCAACUCGCAAUGUCGUGAAGUAAACGAGCAAGGGGUUUGUUCCUGCUUGCCAGAGUUCAUUGGCAGUCCGCCUGCCUGUCGUCCGGAAUGCACCAGCAGCUCCGAGUGCGCCGCCGACAAGGCUUGUGUGAAUCGCAAAUGUGUGGAUCCUUGUCCAAACGUUUGUGGUCAACAGGCCGAGUGUCGUGUGCGUAACCACAAUCCCAUUUGUACUUGCCUUAGUGGAUUCACUGGUGAUCCAUUCACUCGUUGCUACCGCCAGCCGCCUCCCCCUCCAAUCAUCGAACGUGAACCCCUUGACCCUUGUGUUCCUUCACCCUGCGGUGCAAACUCUCAGUGUCGCGAAAUUCACGGCACACCAUCCUGCUCCUGCCUUCCACAAUAUCUGGGUACUCCACCUAAUUGCCGCCCGGAAUGUUCCAUCAAUGCCGAGUGUCCCAGUCAUCAGGCCUGUAUUAAUCAAAAAUGCAGGGACCCCUGCCCUGGCUCUUGUGGUCUUAACACCCAGUGCAAUGUCAUCAACCAUACGCCAAUCUGCAGUUGUCUCUCGGGUUAUAUAGGGGACCCAUUCAGCGUUUGCAACCCACAGCCAAUACCAGAGAAAAUUCGAGACCCACUGCCACCGGAGGAUCUGUGCAACCCAUCGCCAUGUGGCUCCAACACACAAUGCAACAAUGGAGUUUGUUCUUGCCUGCCCGAAUACCAUGGUGACCCGUACAGCGGAUGUCGUCCAGAGUGCGUUCUGCACACGGAUUGUGACCGUAGUCGAGCCUGUGUCCGUCACAAGUGUGUUGAUCCCUGUCCCGGUAUUUGUGGCACCAACGCGAUAUGCGAGGUUCUGAACCACAUACCCAACUGCCGUUGUCUAGAAGGAAUGCAAGGCAAUGCCUUUAUCCAGUGUAGCCAAGUUCCACAGCUCGACGUCGUCCAGAAUCCGUGCCAACCCUCGCCUUGUGGACCAAACUCACAGUGUCGCGUCAUUAAUCAGCAAGCAAUCUGCUCUUGCAUCACCUCCUUCAUUGGAAGUCCGCCAUUCUGCCGACCUGAAUGCACUACAAACUCGGAGUGUCCCUUGAACCUGGCGUGUCGCAACCAGAAGUGCAGUGACCCCUGUCCCGGCGUCUGUGGUCGCGGUGCCCAGUGCCAUGUGACUAACCACAGUCCAUUCUGCCGCUGCUUAGAGCGCUACACGGGUAAUCCGUUUGUGAGUUGCCAGCAGAUCAUAGAGCCUCCGGUUCCACCACCACGACAAACUUGCCUGCCAUCACCCUGCGGACCCUAUUCCCAAUGUCGUGAAGUUAACGACUCACCUUCUUGCACUUGCCUGCCAGAAUACAUUGGAGCUCCACCUAACUGUCGCCCAGAGUGCGUGACCAGCUCAGAGUGUCCCACGAAUCAGGCGUGCAUUCAGCAGAAGUGUCGCGAUCCUUGCCCAGGACUAUGUGGACAAUCUGCGGAAUGCCGAGUCCUUUCACACACUCCGAGCUGCGUUUGUCCCGAAGGCAUGGAAGGUGAUCCGUUUACUUUAUGUAAGGAAAAGAGGAUUCAGGAGCUAGACCAGCUAGACCCGUGCAGUCCCAGUCCAUGUGGAAUCAAUGCCCGCUGUACUUCCCGCCAAGAUGCCGGCUCAUGUCAGUGCCUGCCAGAAUACUUUGGCAAUCCGUACGAGGGAUGUCGCCCUGAGUGCGUUCUCAAUUCGGACUGCCCAUCGAACAAGGCUUGUCAACAGCAGAAGUGUCAGGAUCCCUGUCCAGGAACCUGUGGUCAGAAUGCUCUCUGCAAUGUCCUGAAUCAUGUGCCCAGUUGUAGCUGUAUAUCGGGAUAUUCCGGUGAUCCAUACCGCUCGUGUGUGCCAGAACCGAUCAAGGAAUAUGUCAAUCCCUGCCAGCCAUCGCCGUGUGGCCCGAAUUCUCAGUGCCGUGAGGCGAAUGAACAAGCCAUAUGCUCAUGUCUUCCGGAAUAUGUGGGAGCACCGCCUGUGUGUCGCCCAGAGUGUACGAUAUCUUCAGAGUGCCCUACUGACAAGGCCUGUGUGAACCAGAAAUGUGUUGACCCUUGUCCAGGCACUUGUGGGGAUCAAGCGAUCUGUCGAGUGGUAAACCACAGUCCGAUUUGCUCAUGUCGUGCCGGUUACACGGGCGACGCCUUCUUCCGCUGUUUCCCCAAGCCCCCUGUACCACCAACACCAGUACAAAAGACUCCGGUUGAUCCCUGUGUGCCCUCACCUUGUGGCCCGUACUCCCAGUGCCGGUCCCAGGGAGAUGCCCCUGCCUGUUCCUGUUUGGUCGGGUACAUAGGAGCCCCUCCAAAUUGCCGACCCGAAUGUCGCAUCAACGCGGAGUGUCCUAGCAGUCAAGCGUGUAUUAAUGAGAAAUGUAGAGAUCCGUGCCCCGGCUCUUGCGGCUAUGGUGCCAUAUGCAAUGUGAUUAAUCACACGCCCAGCUGCACCUGUCCAGCAGGAUACUCCGGUGAUCCAUUUAGUCAGUGUCAGCCUCUGCCACCUCCGCCUCCAACACCCGUUAAGCUCGACGAUCCAUGCAACCCCUCACCCUGCGGUCCAAAUGCUCAGUGCAAUAAUGGAGUCUGUACUUGCAUUCCGGAAUACCAUGGCGAUCCCUACAGCGGUUGCCGACCCGAAUGCAUCACCAGCGCGGAUUGUUCCCGUGAACUUGCCUGUUCGAGGAACAAGUGCUUCGAUCCUUGCCCCGGUACCUGUGCCCCCAAUGCCAUUUGUACUGUCCUUAACCACGUGCCCAUGUGCACUUGUCCGGAGGGAUAUAAUGGCAAUGCAUUCGUUCAGUGUAAACCUACACCACCCCCCGUCCUUGUCCAGCCUUGCCAACCCUCUCCGUGUGGACCCAACUCCCAAUGCCGCGAAAUCAACCAGCAAGCUGUUUGCUCAUGUGUGCCAGGAUACUUCGGAACACCGCCACUCUGUCGACCGGAGUGCACGUCGAACUCGGAGUGUUUGUCCCACCUGGCGUGUGUUAACCAAAAGUGCAGCGAUCCCUGUCCCGGUUCAUGUGGCCGUAAUGCCCAGUGCAGUGUGGUUAACCACAAUCCCUUCUGUACGUGCUUGCCAAGGUUCACUGGCAAUCCUUUCGUGGGUUGUCAGCAGAUUAUCGAGCCACCACGUCAAGAUAUUGUGCCACAGGAUCCGUGCCGACCGUCACCUUGCGGUCCGAACUCUGAAUGUCGCGCCGUUGGUGAGACACCCACUUGUACGUGCCUUGCUGAUUUUGUGGGCUCACCGCCGUAUUGCAAACCCGAAUGCGUGGCCAAUUCAGAGUGUCCUUCGAACCUGGCGUGCAUCAAUCAAAAGUGUCGCGAUCCCUGUCCUGGAUUGUGCGGUUCAAGUGCUACUUGCCGCGUCGUCUCUCAUACAGCAAUGUGCAUUUGUGAUGCUGGCUUGACCGGAGAUCCGUUCACACAAUGUCAACCCAUUGUGCAGGAUGUUGAGAUCAUUAAUCCUUGCCAGCCAUCACCUUGCGGAGCCAAUGCCGAGUGCAUCCAACGGAAUGGAGCCGGAGCCUGCCAGUGUCUCACAGACUAUUUCGGAAAUCCCUACGAAGGCUGUCGGCCGGAGUGUGUUUUGAACUCGGACUGUCCAGCAAACCGAGCCUGUCAGCAGCAGAAGUGCCGUGAUCCUUGUCCCGGAAGCUGUGGACAAAACGCCGAAUGCAAUGUGGUCAACCACACACCGAUGUGCAACUGCUUCGCUGGAUUUAUAGGCGAUCCGUACCGCUAUUGUAGCCAGCCGCCAGAACCUAUUGUCCAUGAGUAUGUGAAUCCCUGUCAACCAUCCCCCUGUGGCCCGAACUCAAAUUGUCGCGAGGUUAGUGAACAGGCAGUAUGCUCCUGUCGUCCCGAAUUUGAGGGUGCCCCACCCAACUGCCGGCCACAAUGCACCUCGAGCUCAGAAUGCGCCCCCAACAGGGCGUGCAUCAAUCAAAAAUGCGUUGAUCCUUGUCCCGGUGUUUGUGGCCAGCAAGCAAUCUGCGAGGUUCGCAACCACAGUCCCAUUUGUAGGUGUCCCACCGCCAUGACCGGCGAUCCCUUCGUGCGCUGUGUACCCCGACCAACAAUUGCCCCGCCACCCUUGAGGGAUGUAGCUCCCUAUCGCGAUCCCUGCCUCCCCUCACCAUGUGGCCUGUAUGCGUCGUGCAGGAAUCAACAGGACCAAGCGAUUUGCUCUUGCUUGCCAAACUACUUCGGUACUCCGCCCCAUUGUCGUCCCGAGUGCACCAUCAAUGCAGAGUGCCCAAGCCACUUGGCCUGCAUUGGCGAGCGCUGCCGUGAUCCCUGUCCUGGUGCUUGUGGUCAACAGACCGAAUGCCGUGUUAUCAGUCACGUUCCCAGUUGCGUUUGCCUUCGCGGCUAUGUGGGCGAUGCAUUCCUGGCCUGCCAUCCGGCACCACCCCCACCAUCCCGUGAAGAGCCCCGCGAUCCAUGCAACCCCAGUCCAUGCGGCAGCAAUGCCAUCUGUUCCAAUCAGGGCGAGUGUACAUGCGUGGCCGACUAUCAGGGAGACCCCUAUGUGGCCUGCAGACCCGAGUGUGUUCUCAGUUCUGAGUGUCCCCGAAAUCUGGCCUGUAUACAACAGAAGUGUACCGAUCCUUGUCCCGGAACCUGUGGCACCAAUGCUAUCUGCGAUGUGGUCAACCACAUUGCCAUGUGCCAUUGUCCCGAUCGAAUGACAGGAAACGCUUUUGUCCAAUGUACUCCAGUGCAGCUUGAUGUAUACCGUAACCCGUGCAAUCCCUCGCCAUGCGGCUCCUAUGCUGAAUGUCGGGAGCAGAACGGUCAAGCGGUGUGCAGUUGUCUUCCCAACUACUUUGGGGUGCCUCCCUCGUGUCGACCAGAGUGUAGCACCAACUACGAUUGUUCUCCAAGUUUGGCGUGUCAGAAUCAGCGGUGUGUCGAUCCGUGUCCUGGAGCUUGUGGCGCUUAUGCCGAGUGCCGAACAGUCAACCACAGUCCUUUCUGUAGUUGCAGACCCGGCUAUACGGGAAAUCCCAUUGUCCAAUGUCAUAUGAUUAUUGAGCCCCAGCGGGAUAUUACGCCCAUAGAUCCUUGCCAGCCCUCGCCCUGUGGUCCAAACAGCGAGUGCCGUCGCGUAGGAGAAACACCCUCCUGCUCAUGCCUGUCCAACUUCUUUGGCACUCCGCCCAAUUGUCGACCCGAAUGCGUAUCCAAUUCCGAGUGCAGUCAGGUGCACGUUUGCACGAAUAACCGCUGCAAGGACCCGUGCCCGGGUCUCUGCGGAACUGAUGCCGUGUGCCGCGUGAUAAGUCACAGUGCUAUGUGCUACUGUCAGCCGGGUUACAGCGGCGAUCCUUUCGUCCGCUGUGCGCCGCACAUCCAAAGGGAACCGAUUGAGACAGUGCAACCCUGCAACCCUAAUCCUUGCGGCACCUUUGCCGAGUGUCGCCAGCAGAAUGGAGUUGGAUCUUGUCAGUGUCUACCAGAGUACUUCGGCAAUCCUUACGAAGGAUGUCGUCCUGAAUGUAUACUUGACUCUGAUUGCUCCUCUCAUCUGGCCUGUGUCAAUCAGAAAUGCCGUGAUCCCUGUCCCGGAAGCUGCGGACAAAAUGCCGAAUGCUUUGUACGCAAUCACCUGCCCACUUGCAACUGCCUCAGUGGCUAUGUGGGUGACCCAUAUCGGUAUUGUAGCAUCGAACCGAAACCCAUUCGGGAAUAUGUCAACCCCUGUCAACCCACUCCUUGUGGUCCUAACUCUCAGUGCCGCGAGCAGAGUGGUGUGGCCACAUGCUCUUGCUUGCCAGAAUAUGUGGGCACUCCGCCGGGUUGCCGGCCCGAGUGUACGGUAUCCUCUGAGUGCAAUCUUGACAAGGCCUGCGUUCGUCACAAGUGCCUGGAUCCUUGUCCUGGUGCUUGCGGCAGCUCUGCCAAUUGCCAGGUGGUGAACCACGCUCCACUCUGCUCUUGUCAAGCGGGUUACACAGGAGACCCAUUUACCCGAUGCUACCCCAUUCCCCCUCCACCUACACAUAUUGUCCAUGAUUACGCGCGAGAUCCAUGCCAACCAUCUCCCUGCGGAGCCAAUGCCCAAUGUAGACAAUCCCAGGGUCAAGCCAUCUGCUCCUGCAUACCCAACUACUUUGGUGUUCCACCCAAUUGUCGACCCGAGUGCACUCAAAGCUCAGAGUGCCUGUCCAGUCUGGCCUGCAUCAAUCAACGAUGCGCGGAUCCCUGUCCUGGCUCCUGUGCCUACAACGCCAUUUGCCAUGUGCGUAAUCACGUGCCCAGUUGUCAGUGCCCAGUUGGCUAUGUGGGUGAUCCGUUCUCCAACUGUCACCCUGAACCCCAGCCAUCACCCAAACCCGUUGCUCUCGAUGAUCCGUGCAAUCCAUCGCCCUGUGGCGCCAAUGCUCUCUGCCAAAAUGGUCAAUGUUCGUGUAUACCCGAGUACCAAGGAGAUCCUUAUACCGGCUGUAGGCCGGAAUGUGUGUUAAAUGCGGAUUGUGCGCGAAAUCGUGCUUGUGUUCGACAUAAGUGUGUGGAUCCCUGUCCGGGAACGUGUGCACCGAAUGCCAUCUGCGAUGUGCUUAACCACAUUGCCAUGUGCCGUUGCCCAGAGCGUAUGACAGGCAAUGCCUUCAUUCAAUGUGAAACCCCGCCAGUGUCGCUGGCACCUCCAGAUCCGUGUUACCCAUCGCCCUGUGGUCCGAACAGUCGGUGCCGUGUGUUCAACAACAACGCUGUGUGUUCCUGUAUUGAGGAGUUCAUUGGAACGCCACCAAAUUGCCGACCGGAGUGUACGCAUAACUCGGAUUGCCUGCCUAGACUGGCGUGCCAGAGGCAGCAUUGUAUAGAUCCGUGCCCAGGAACUUGUGGCUUUAAUGCACUUUGCCACGUUGUGAACCAUGCACCAAUUUGCAGUUGUCCGCCAAGGCACAAUGGAAACCCCUUCUUGGGAUGUUUCCCGGAACCAGUGCGACGCGAUGAGUUGAUUCCAAAGAACCCGUGCCAACCCUCACCUUGUGGUCCAUAUGCUAAAUGCACUUCAGUGGGCGAUCAGGCGCAGUGCAGUUGUCUGCCGGAGUACAUUGGAACUCCGCCGAACUGUCGCCCGGAGUGUAUCACCAAUUCGGAAUGCUCCUUCGACAAGGCCUGCUUAAGCCAAAGAUGUCGCGAUCCCUGCUCGGGAACUUGCGGUUCCAACGCCAACUGCCACGUUAUAAGUCAUAGUGCCAUGUGCUACUGUCUACCAGGAUAUACUGGGGACCCAUUCACUUCCUGUGGCCUAAUACCAGUGAUUCAGCAAGCCGAAGUCGUUCAGCCUUGUUCUCCCAAUCCUUGUGGAGCCAAUGCUGUAUGUCGCCAGGAGGGCCAUGUUGGUUCUUGCCAAUGUCUUCCCGAAUACUAUGGAAAUCCUUACGAGAUAUGUCGGCCGGAAUGUGUGACGAAUAACGACUGUGCAUCGAACAAGGCUUGUCAACAGCAGAAGUGUCGCGAUCCCUGUCCAGGAGUCUGUGCCCUCAAUGCUUUGUGUCGCGUGAUCAAUCACUUACCAACUUGUCAUUGUCAGAACGGCUUUGUUGGUGACCCAUAUCGCUAUUGUCAAAUUCCCGAGAAACCUGUCCUUAAAGAAUAUGUCAAUCCCUGCCAGCCCUCGCCGUGUGGCCCCAACUCGGAGUGCCGUGAAAACAACGAGCAGGCCAUCUGCACAUGUCUGCCCGAGUACGUCGGUGCGCCACCCAAUUGUCGACCUGAGUGCGUGACCAGUUCAGAGUGUCCUCAUGACAAGGCGUGUAUUAGGCAAAAGUGUAGUGAUCCCUGCCCCGGUGUGUGUGGUUCAAAUGCCGAUUGCCGUGUUAUCCAGCAUGCACCUAUUUGUAGUUGUCGUGCCGGAUUCACUGGCGAUGCCUUCUCACGCUGCUUACCCCUGCCACCCCCACGACCACCGCAGUUGGAUGUGUACCGUAAUCCUUGUGUGCCAUCGCCAUGUGGCCAGUAUGCAGAGUGUCGGGAUAGCCAGGGAACUGCCACUUGUAGUUGUCUGCCCUCCUAUUUCGGCACCCCUCCCAACUGUCGCCCCGAGUGUACGAUAAACCCCGACUGCCCCUCUCAUUUGUCCUGCCAACAGCAGCGUUGUCGCGAUCCCUGUCCUGGAGCCUGUGGAUUCAAUGCAUUGUGCACGGUUAUUAAUCACAAUCCCACGUGUCAGUGUGCUCCUGGAUUUAUUGGCAAUGCCUUUACAUCCUGCCAUGUUCCACCUCCAGUUGUUCGGGACCCGCCUCAAAUAAGUGAUCCAUGUUCAUUGAUCACUUGCGGGCCCAAUGCCGUUUGCAAUCAGGGACAAUGUACUUGUCUGCCUGAAUUUGUGGGUAACCCAUUAGUUGGUUGUCGACCGGAAUGUGUGUUGAGUACAGAAUGCGACUGGAACAAGGCGUGCGUGAGAAACAAGUGCAUCGAUCCAUGUCCAGGAACAUGCGGAUCCAAUGCUAUAUGUGAGGUGCACAGACAUGUAGCCAUGUGUCACUGUCCACCGGGAAUGACUGGAAAUGCAUUCAGCCAAUGCCGACCCUUGCCACCAGCACCGGUACGCGAUGUUAUAGACCCUUGUCAGCCUUCACCAUGCGGACCAAAUGCCCAGUGUCGCAAUAUCAACGGACAAGCAGUGUGCUCAUGUCUUCCGGACUUUAUCGGUGUUCCACCUUCAUGUCGGCCAGAGUGCGUUAGUAAUGCUGAGUGCCCACUUCAUCUGGCUUGCCUCCAACGUCAUUGCCGAGAUCCUUGCCCCGGAGUCUGUGGCCUGAAUGCCGAAUGCCGGGUCAUAAACCACAGCCCGAGCUGCCAUUGCAUUGGUUCCUUUACGGGAAAUCCAUUCGCGGCUUGUCACCGGCCACCACCGCCACCGAUUAAGCAUGAGCCCAUUGAUCCUUGUCAACCAUCGCCAUGUGGAGCUAAUGCGGAAUGCCGUGUCCAAGGAAGCAAUGCUCAAUGCAGUUGUCUAAGUGGUUUCAUUGGCACGCCACCCAACUGCCGACCCGAGUGUGUGUCCAACUCAGACUGCCCCACGAAUCUGGCUUGCCUCAAUCAGAAGUGCCGAGACCCAUGUCCAGGUGUCUGUGGCUCCAAUGCUGAAUGUUAUGUUAUCAACCAUACACCCAUGUGCACAUGCCUGGCUGGACAAACCGGCAAUCCUUUUGUAGGCUGUCAAGUGGUACGAGAUGUUCCCGAGCCACAAACUCCCUGUGUGCCCAGUCCAUGCGGAGCCAACGCAGUUUGUUCUGAGAGAAACGGAGCCGGAGCCUGUCAAUGCCUACCGGAAUUCUUUGGCAAUCCCUAUGAAGGCUGCCGACCGGAGUGCGUUCUCAAUUCGGACUGUCCCAGCCACUUGGCUUGUCUUAACCAACACUGCCGCGAUCCCUGUCCCGGAACAUGUGGCACCAAUGCCGAAUGUCAAGUGCGCGAGCACUUGCCCCAGUGCAACUGCCAUGUGGGAUAUCAGGGAAAUCCCUACGUUUAUUGUAGUGUCCUGCGUGAACCCCUGCCCGAACCAGUUCCCACCCACCCUUGUCAGCCGUCACCUUGUGGUCCGAAUUCUCAUUGUCGAGAAUCGAACAACCAGGCAAUUUGCAAGUGUCUGCCCGACUUUAUUGGAUCCCCACCUGCAUGUAGACCCGAGUGCACCAUCUCCAGUGAAUGUGAUUUGACCCUUGCUUGUGUUCAACAACACUGUGUCGAUCCCUGUCCCGGUGUCUGCGGCCAUAGUGCCCAGUGUCGUGUCAUAAAUCACAGUCCUCACUGUAGUUGCUUGCCUGGUUUCACGGGUGAUGCCAUUAGUGGCUGCCAACGAAUUCCACCCGCCAUUAGUUACGAUGCCCCCAAAGAGACCCACCGCGAUCCCUGUGUUCCCUCUCCCUGCGGAGCCUUUGGUCAGUGCCGAGCUCAAGGCAACCAAGCCGUAUGCUCCUGCCUUCCUGGCUACUACGGAUCACCUCCAAAUUGCAGGCCGGAAUGCGUAAUUAACCCGGACUGCGCGUCCCAUUUGGCGUGUAUCAGUGAAAAGUGUCGCGAUCCAUGUCCCGGUUCUUGUGGCCUGCAGGCUCAAUGCAGCGUCAUAAACCACACGCCCAUCUGUAGUUGUCCAUCAGGUUAUCAGGGCAAUCCCUUCAUCAGCUGUCAACGAACUCCACCACCGCCAACUCCACCCCUUCGCGAUGCCUGCAAUCCCUCACCUUGUGGCUCCAAUGCAAUCUGCAGCCCCGGAGGCCAGUGUUCAUGUCUGCCCGACUUUGAUGGCAACCCGUACGUGGGCUGCCGCCCUGAGUGCGUCCUCAAUACGGAUUGCGCAAGAGACAAAGCCUGCCAGCGCAGCAAGUGCACCGAUCCUUGUCCAGGAGCCUGUGGUAUUGGAGCAGCAUGCGAGGUUAGCAAUCACAUUCCCACGUGUAAUUGCCCAGCCGGAACGACCGGCAAUGCUUUCGUUCAGUGUACCCUUGUGCAAUCUUCACCCGUGGUGCCCCUUAACCCUUGUCAACCAUCGCCGUGCGGAAACAAUGCCCAAUGCCGAGAGGCCAACGAUCAGGCCGUUUGCUCUUGUCUACCCGGUUUCUUUGGUGUUCCGCCAAGGUGCCGACCCGAGUGUACCAUUAAUUCAGACUGUGCCCCACAUCUGGCCUGCUUGAACCAACAGUGUCGGGACCCUUGUCCUGGAGCCUGCGGCCAGUUCGCUCAAUGCCAGGUCAUCCGGCAUGUGCCGCACUGUAGUUGUCCUUCAGGCUACUCAGGCAAUGCCUUCUUCCUGUGUCAUCGCUUACCGCCACCACCACCAGUUCAACGGGAGCCGCUCAAUCCCUGCUAUCCAUCGCCAUGCGGACCCAAUGCGGAAUGCACAAAUCAGAAUGAACAGGCCAUUUGCAAGUGCCUUAAGGACUACAUAGGAACACCACCUAACUGUCGACCAGAGUGCAUAACGUCAUCGGAGUGUCCGCUUCAGCUGGCUUGUAUUGGUCAAAAAUGCAAGGAUCCUUGUGCUGGACUUUGUGGAAACGCUGCCACCUGUCAAGUUGUCAGCCACGUUCCUUCGUGUAUUUGCGUUGCCGACUAUAUUGGAGACCCAUAUAGUGGUUGCUAUGCCCGGCCGCCCAUUCAACGAGAGCAAAUCAAUCCAUGCUACCAGAACCCGUGCGGAAGCAAUGCGAUCUGCAGAGAGCGUGGAGAAGUCGCUUCGUGUCAGUGUCUACCGGAGUAUUACGGUAACCCGUAUGAGGGAUGUCGACCCGAAUGUGUGCUUAACUCGGACUGCUCUAGCCACUUGGCUUGCCUCAAUCAACACUGUCGAGAUCCCUGCCCAGGAAGUUGUGCCCCCAAUGCCCAAUGUCAAGUAGUCAAUCACGUGCCUAGCUGUAGUUGUUAUCCUGGAUAUAGUGGCGAUCCUUAUCGCCAUUGCCAUGUGGUCCAAGCAGAACCCGUUGAAGUUGUGCACUUUAAUCCCUGCCAACCCUCGCCGUGUGGUCCCAACUCACAGUGCACAGAGUCUCAGGGUCAAGCGGUGUGUCGCUGCCUACCCGAUUACUAUGGUUCCCCACCAGCUUGUCGACCCGAGUGCACCACUAAUCCCGAAUGUCCCAAUGAUAAAGCCUGCGUGGCCAGAAGGUGCACCGAUCCUUGCGCGGGUGCUUGUGGUCAGAACGCUAUUUGUCGAGCGCAUCAGCACAGAGCUCACUGCUCGUGUCAUCCUGAUUAUACAGGUGAUGCCUUCAUGCGUUGCCAACCCUUGCCCCCACCCCAACCGGUUAGGGAUUCACCAGUAAUCUAUAGGGAUCCCUGUGUGCCCUCGCCCUGUGGACAGUUUGCUCAGUGUCGCGUGGAGUACGAACAAGCGGUAUGCUCUUGUCUUACCUUCUACUAUGGUACUCCGCCAUACUGUCGACCCGAGUGCACACAGAAUUCAGAUUGCCCCAGCCAUAGGUCCUGUGUCAAUCAAAAAUGCGUGGAUCCUUGCCCCGGUUCAUGUGGUCUAAACGCGCAAUGCGAUGUGCUCAAUCACGUGCCUAGCUGUUCAUGUCCCAAGGGUUAUGUGGGAGAUCCCUUCUACCGCUGUUACCCUGCUCCCGCGCCUCCUCCAACACCUGUCACCGUCGUCGCCGAUGAUCCUUGCCAGCCAUCGCCCUGCGGUCCCAAUUCCCAGUGUUCGAACGGUAUCUGCAGUUGUCUGCCCCUGUACCACGGUGAUCCCUAUGUGGGCUGUCGCCCAGAGUGCGUCCUAAGUACAGAGUGUCCGUGGGACAAGGCCUGCAUCCGCAAUCGUUGCUUGGACCCGUGUCCUGGAACUUGCGGAUCAGGAGCCACAUGCCAGGUGCAUAAUCACGUGGCCAUGUGCCAGUGUCCGGCUGGCUAUCAGGGCAAUCCAUUUGUCCUCUGUCAGCAAACGCAUCUUCAAGCUCCCGCGGUACUGCAUCCCUGCCAGCCCUCACCUUGUGGACACCAUGGAGAGUGUCGAGAAGUUGGCUCGCAAGCCAUUUGCUCUUGUCUUCCCGGUUAUUAUGGCAGCCCACCGGCUUGUCGACCGGAAUGUGUCAGCGAUUCGGAGUGCCCACCCAGUUUGGCAUGUGUAAAUCAGAAAUGCCGCGAUCCCUGUCCUGGCGCCUGUGGUCACUUAGCCCAAUGUCAUGUCAUUAACCACAGUCCACAGUGUGUUUGCCCUGCUGGAUAUACCGGAAGUCCUUACUCUGAGUGCCGCUUGAUUAGGGCAGAUUACUCACCAGUUCAGCGUCAACCCAUUGAUCCUUGCCUGCCAUCUCCCUGUGGUCCUCAUGCUCAAUGCAGCAAUGAGGGAGGCAACGCAGUUUGUCGCUGCCUGACGGAAUACCUGGGAGUACCACCGUACUGUCGACCCGAAUGCAUCGCCAACAGCGAGUGUCCCAGUGAUAGGGCAUGUAUUAAUCGGAAGUGCCAGGAUCCAUGUCCCGGCCUGUGCGGGUACAAUGCAAUUUGUCGAACCUACAAUCACCAGCCAAACUGCGUUUGCGCUCCUGGUUUGGUGGGUAAUCCCUUCAACUCCUGCCUACCUCCCACGCGUCCUCAGAUUCCAACAUCACCUCCCACAACUGCCAUACAAGUGCUUCAGUAUGAGGAACCAUUCAUCAAUGGUUGUGAACCAAAUCCCUGUGGGGCAAACGCGCAGUGCAAUCAGCGAAGAGGAGUAGUCUCUUGCGUCUGCCUGCCAGACUAUUUUGGCAAUCCUUACGAAGCCUGCCGACCGGAGUGUAUUCUGAACUCCGAUUGUCCCUCAAAUAGAGCUUGUGUGCAACAAAAAUGUCGCGAUCCAUGUCCCGGAACUUGUGGCCUGAAUGCCCAGUGUCAUGUACUGGAUCAUCUGCCACAGUGUAGAUGUUUCAGUGGGUACACUGGAAAUCCCUUGGCGUACUGCUCGCCUGUUCCAAUAGUUCAAGAAUGUAAGCAUAAAUGCAAUGAUAAACCCAUCACCAAUUUAGAUAAUCCAAAUCAUAUGUUUGCGUCAACCCUUUUAGCUCCUUUGACCCCCUGUGAUCCCUCACCUUGUGGACCCAAUGCCCAGUGUCAACCGUCGCUUAAUGAAGCCGUGUGCUCCUGUUUACCCGAAUUCUACGGAACCCCACCCAAUUGUCGACCCGAGUGUACUCUAAACUCGGAGUGUGCUUAUGACAAGGCUUGCGUACAUCACAAGUGUGUUGAUCCCUGUCCUGGAAUUUGCGGUAUAAAUGCCGAAUGUCGCGUGCACUAUCAUAGUCCCAUAUGCUAUUGCAUUUCUUCGCAUACGGGUGAUCCAUUCACACGAUGCUACGAAAACCCAAAACGUAAGAAUAUAAUUAACAGUUCUUAUGAGGUCCGAAAAUUGGUUAACAAAAAUUAUUUCCAUUAUACACCUUCAACAGCCUUGCGACCCCAAAUAUACGACACGCCUUCUCCUCCAUAUCCGGUCGCUAUACCCGAUCUGGUGUACAUACAACAACAACAACCUGGAAUAGUAAAUAUUCCUUCUGUCCCACAACCGAUAUAUCCUACGCCCCAGUCACCACAAUACAAUGUGAACUAUCCAUCCCCGCAACCGGCGCAUCCCCAAAAUCCGGGAGUUGUGAAUAUACCAUCUGUGCCACAGCCAGUUUACCCAACACCUCAACCACCUGUUUACGAUGUCAACUACCCAACAACGCCAGUACCUCAGUAUCCCGGGGUAGUAAACAUUCCUUCAGCACCUCGACCAGUGCCUCCGACAUCUCAGAGACCUGUGUUUAUUUCAUCGCCCGGAAACCCACAGCCCACACCGCAACCUGGAGUUAUUAACAUUCCUUCAGUGCCACAGCCUGGAUAUCCCACCCCACAAAGCCCCGUUUAUGAUACAAACUAUCCUACUGCUCAAAGUCCUAUUCCGCAACAACCUGGCGUAGUUAACAUUCCAUCGUUGCCAACUCCAGCAUAUCCUGCUCCAAAUCCUCCGGUCAACUAUCCAACGCCACCAUCAUCGCAGAUACCAGUCCAACCGGGAGUUAUCAAUAUACCGUCUGUGCCAGAUCCAACAGCUCCACCACAACAUCCUCCCGUUUUUAUUCCGUCCCCUGAGAGUCCGUCACCAGCUCCAAAGCCUGGCGUAAUUAAUAUUCCGUCCGUACCGCAACCAGAACACCCAACACCACAAGUUCCUGUUUAUGACGUGAAUUAUUCAACAACGCCGUCUCCUAUUCCUCAAAAGCCUGGAGUUAUAAAUAUUCCUUCAGCACCGCAACCAGUGCAUCCUGCACCCAAUCCACCAGUCCACGAUAUUAAUUAUCCAACGACGCCAUCAGUUCCUCAACAACCGGGUGUUCUUAAUAUACCAUCGUACCCAAGGCCAGUGGAAACGACUCCUCAACCGCCUAUAUAUAUACCAUCCCAGGAGCAGCCGAAACCAACGCCCGGGCCGGCAGUUAUCAAUGUACCUUCAGUUCCACAACCUGUUUAUCCUACGCCACAGGCCCCUGUUUAUGACGUUAACUAUCCAACAUCUCCAUCUGUAAUACCACACCAACCUGGUGUAGUUAACAUUCCAUCGGUGCCACUUCCAACGCCUCCAGUUACCCAACGUCCCGUGUUUGUACCAUCACCUGUAUACACGACUCCCGCACCUCAACCAGGUGUUGUUAACAUACCUUCAGUGGCACAGCCAGUGCAACCAACGUAUCAACCUCCGGUUGUUCAACGCCCUGCUAUAUAUGACGUGUACUACCCGCCGCCGCCAUCCAGACCGGGUGUGAUCAAUAUUCCUUCGCCCCCAAGGCCCGUAUACCCAGUGCCCCAGCAACCGAUCUACGUUCCGGCACCAGUUCUGCAUAUACCAGCUCCAAGACCAGUUAUUCAUAACAUUCCAUCAGUACCUCAACCAACAUAUCCACAUCGCAAUCCGCCGAUUCAGGAUGUUAUCUACCCAGCUCCACAACCAAAUCCUCCCGUGCCAGGAAUAGUAAAUAUUCCAUCAGUGCCUCAGCCCGUAUCAACACCUACUCCUGGUGUGAUAAAUAUUCCUUCGCAAGCAUUGCCUCCGAUCUCAGUACCAACUCCAGGAAUUGUAAACAUUCCAUCGAUCCCGCAACCAACGCUACAGCCAACUCCUUCACCUGGAAUUAUUAAUAUUCCGUCAGUGCCUCAACCGUUCCCAUCGCCAACUCCUGGUGUGAUCAAUAUUCCGCAUCAACCAACGCCACCAACUGUGGUUCAGCAGCCCGGAAUUAUAAACAUUCCGUCGAUACCACAACCAAUCACUCCAACCACCCAGCAUCCGGUACAGGAUGUUCAAUAUGAAAUCCAGAGACCACAGCCUACACCUGGGGUUGUCAACAUUCCAUCUGUGCCGCAACCUACGUAUCCAACUCAAAGGCCAUCUUACCAGGAUGUCAGUUACCCAACUGCACAGCCAAAUCCUCCGGUACCUGGAACUAUUAAUAUUCCCUCGGUGCCCCAGCCAGUACCAUCAGCAACUCCUGGAGUGAUCAAUUUGCCAUCACCGCCAUCUUAUCCGACACCAAUUCCAAAGCCUGGAAUCAUCAAUGUUCCCUCGAUACCGCAACCUAUUCCAUCAACACCACAAAAUCCUGUGCAAGUGGUUUAUCACGAUACACAGAAGCCACAAGCAAUUCCCGGUGUGGUUAAUAUUCCAUCUGUUCCGCAGUCAACUCCAGAUCGCCCUAAUUACGAUGUGGCGAAACCAGAUUUCGAGUACAACCCAUGCUAUCCAUCGCCUUGCGGUCCAUACUCUCAUUGUCACAAUCGAUUUGGAGUAGCUGCCUGUGUUUGCCUACCCAAUUACAGAGGAACUCCGCCGAAUUGUCGACCAGAAUGCGUAAAUAAUUCGGAUUGUCCAUCAGCUUUGGCCUGCAUAAAUGAGAAGUGCCGAGAUCCUUGUCCAGGAUCUUGUGCUUACAAUGCCGUGUGCCGAGUGCAUGAACAUGUGCCUAAUUGUUACUGCCAGAAUGGCUACACCGGAAAUCCAUUUAUUUCCUGCCAACGUACACCUAUAGCUCCUGUGCAACGUGAGCCCACUGAGGCGAAGGAUCCUUGCUAUCCAUCUAUUUGCGGACCAAACGCUGUGUGCAAUAAUGGAAAGUGCAGCUGCAUACCGGAAUAUCGAGGUGAUCCCUAUGUGGGCUGUAGGCCCGAAUGUAUUCUCAAUACGGACUGCGCCAGGGAUAUGGCUUGCAUUCAACAGAAAUGCAAGGAUCCGUGUCCAGGCACUUGUGGAUUACAGGCCCUGUGUCAUGUGUACAACCAUGUGGCCACCUGUACUUGUCCGGAAGGAAUGCAGGGCGAUGCCUUUGUGAGAUGUGAUCCAAAACCCAAGCCUCAACCGCAAGCGCCAGCACCACCUACAACCUUGCCGGCCAUCGUACCGCAACGUGCUCCGAUUAAUCCCUGCCAGCCCACUCCCUGUGGACCCAACUCCCAGUGCACAGCCUUCCAUGAGCAAGCGAUUUGCCACUGCCUGCCAAAUUUCAUUGGCACGCCACCAGGCUGUCGUCCAGAGUGUACCUCCAACUCAGACUGUCCCCUCGACAAGUAUUGUCUGAAUCUCAGGUGUCGAGAUCCGUGUCCUGGAGCUUGUGGCAUUCGUGCCAUUUGUCAUGUCCAGAACCACGGUCCCUUGUGCGUGUGUCCCACCCAUUUGACCGGUAAUCCCCUGCUGGCCUGUCAACCCAUAGUUAUUCCCCCUGUAGAGCGCGAUGAAGUGAAUCCCUGCCAGCCCUCGCCCUGUGGCCCCAACUCCGAGUGCCUAGCCACGUCCGGCGGAGCUCGCUGCUCCUGCCUACCCCAGUAUCACGGCACCCCGCCCUUCUGUCGGCCGGAGUGCGUGAACAGCGCCGAUUGUCCGGCGGACAAGGCGUGCCGAAACUACAAGUGCAUUGAUCCCUGCCCUGGCAGCUGUGGUCACUCAGCUCUCUGUCGUGUGGUGGCCCACAGUCCUGUGUGCUAUUGUUCCGAAGGCUAUGUGGGCAAUGCCUACAGCCUUUGCACCCGACCCGAGCCGAGUCCACCUGCCGUGGUGAUCCUGCCUUGCAAUCCCAGUCCCUGUGGCGUAAACGCAUUCUGUCAGCCGCACAACGACUUGAGCGUGUGCCAAUGCCUGCCGGGUUACUAUGGCAAUCCCUCGGAGAUUUGCCGACCCGAAUGCACCGUCAACUCGGACUGUCCAAGCCACAGGGCUUGCAUGAGCGAGAAGUGUCGCGAUCCUUGUCCCGGAGCUUGUGGCCUUAAUGCCCUCUGUCAGGUUAUUAACCACAGCCCAGUUUGCGAGUGCCACGCGGGCUAUGUGGGCAAUCCCUAUCACAGCUGUCGCAUUCCGCAGCGUGAACCCCCUGCACCGGAAUACGUGAACCCCUGUCAGCCAACGCCAUGCGGUGCCAAUUCCCAGUGUCGCGAGUCACAGGGACAGGCUAUCUGCUCCUGCCUGCCGGAGUUUGUGGGCACACCGCCCUCGUGUCGUCCGGAAUGUGUGAUCAGCGCCGAGUGUCCGGCGGAUAGGGCGUGCAUUAACCAGAAGUGCCAGGACCCUUGUCCUGGAGCAUGUGGCUUGAAUGCCCAGUGCCAUGUACGCAAUCACAGUCCGCUGUGCUCGUGUCAGCCCGGUUUCACCGGAGAUGCUCUGACCCGCUGUCUGCCAGUACCGCCUCCACAGCCACCGAAAUCCAAUGAUAUCCGCGAUCCUUGCGUACCAUCACCUUGUGGACCCUACUCUCAAUGCCGGGUGGUUAAUGGCGGAGCUAGUUGCAGCUGCCUUCCCAAUUAUGUGGGAGCGGCUCCCAACUGCCGUCCGGAAUGUACCAUCAAUGCGGAGUGUCCCAGUAAUCUGGCCUGCAUCAACGAGAAGUGUCGCGAUCCAUGUCCUGGAGCCUGUGGCUUUGCUGCUCAGUGCAGUGUCAUCAAUCAUACGCCCAGUUGUUCGUGUCCCUCUGGUUACACGGGAGAUCCGUUCACCAGCUGCCGAGUUCUGCCGCCACCACUGCCCCCGAAGACUCCCUCCGAUCCCUGCCAGCCUUCGCCCUGCGGAGCCAAUGCUCUGUGCAACAAUGGCCAGUGCUCUUGCCUGCCAGAGUAUCAUGGUGAUCCCUACACUGGAUGCCGUCCCGAAUGUGUUUUGAACUCGGAUUGUCCCAGGAAUAGGGCGUGUGUCAACCAGAAGUGCGUCGAUCCUUGUCCAGGCCACUGUGGCCUCAAUGCUCUUUGCGAUGCCGUCAACCACAUUGCCAUGUGUCACUGCCCCGAAGGGAUGACGGGCAAUGCGUUCGUCUCCUGCCAGCCAAUUCGCGAUGAUCCACCACCAACGACACCUAAUCCAUGCCACCCCUCGCCGUGCGGAGCAAAUGCCCAGUGCCUAGAGAGGAAUGGCAACGCCAUCUGUUCUUGCCUAGCCGGAUACUUUGGUCAGCCGCCCAACUGCCGAUUGGAGUGCUACUCCAGCUCCGAUUGCUCCCAAGUGCACACCUGCAUUAACAACAAGUGUGUGGACCCGUGCCCGGGCAAAUGUGGUCUGAAUGCAGUGUGCCAGGCGAUCCAGCACAGAGCCCAUUGCGAGUGCAUCCCGAGAUACACAGGAAAUGCCUUUGUGCGGUGCAACCCCAUUCCAGUUCCCAUAAAACCAGAACCAGUGCGCGAUCCUUGCCAACCCUCACCGUGUGGUCCCAACUCGCAGUGCACGAAUGUCAACGGCCAAGCGGAGUGUCGCUGUCUCCAGGAGUUCCAGGGUACCCCGCCCAACUGCCGCCCAGAGUGUGUUAGCCACGAUGAGUGUGCCAACACACUGGCCUGCAUGAACCAGAAGUGCCGCGAUCCCUGUCCCGGAAGCUGUGGCCAAAGUGCCCAGUGUACGGUCAGCCUUCACAUACCGAACUGUCAGUGCCCCGUGGGCAUGACUGGUGAUCCAUUCCGAAUUUGCCUGCCCCAACCACGUGACGAACCCAAGCCACCACCAACUCCCAAGAAUCCUUGCUACCCUUCACCCUGCGGUACCAAUGCCGUGUGCCGCGUUCAAGGCGAGAACUACGUCUGCGAGUGCAGCCAACUGGAGUACAUCGGCAAUCCCUACGAGGGUUGUCGCCCCGAAUGUGUGGGCAACUCCGAGUGUCCGGCCAAUCAGGCUUGCAUCCGCAGCAAGUGCCAGGAUCCGUGUCCAGGAGUUUGUGGACUCGAGGCCAUUUGCACCAUGAACAACCACAUACCGAUAUGCUCCUGCCCGCCGGGCUACACAGGCAAUGCGUUUGCCCAGUGCACCCGUCAGCUGACACCACCUCCUCCAUCGGACCCUUGCUAUCCGUCCCCGUGUGGACCCAAUUCGAUUUGCAGAAUUCAGAACGAGAAGUCUGUGUGCGAGUGCCUGCCCGGAUUCUUCGGAAAUCCGCUGGCCCAGGGAUGUCGCCCUGAAUGCACCCUCAGUUCGGACUGCGCCAAGGAUCGGGCUUGCAUCAACUCCAAGUGCGUGGAUGCCUGCGUGGGAGAGUGUGGAUUCGGAGCUGUUUGCCAAACGAUCAACCACAGCCCGGUGUGCAGUUGCCCUGCCAACAUGGUGGGCAAUCCGUUCGUCCAAUGCGAGGAACCACGCCAGGCUGAGCCUAUCGAUCCCUGCCAGCCUUCGCCGUGCCGAAGCAAUGGAAUCUGUCGUGUUUACAAUGGAGCUGCCACCUGCAGUUAUCCGGAGUGCGUGAUCAACGAGGAUUGUUCCCGGGAUAGGGCGUGCGUUAGCCAAAAGUGCCGUGAUCCUUGCCUGAAUGCCUGUGGCAUCAAUGCCAUCUGUCGGUCGAUUAACCACAAGGCUGUUUGCAGUUGCCCACCAGAGUUCUACGGAUCUCCGUACGCUCAGUGUGUCAGGCAGAUACCGGAGCCAGAGCCCAAACCGGAAUGCAUCAGUGACGGUGAUUGCACCAAUGACAAGGCCUGCAUCAACCAAGUUUGCCGCAAUCCUUGCGAGCAAUCGAACAUCUGCGCCCCACAGGCGCGUUGCCAUGUCCAGCUCCACCGGCCAUUGUGCGUCUGCAAUGAGGGAUAUACUGGAAACGCCUUGCAAAACUGCUAUCUUCUGGGCUGCCGAUCGGAUGGCGAAUGUGCCGCCAAUGAGGCUUGUGUUAACCAGCAGUGCGUGGAUCCUUGUGGUUUCACACAGUGCGGAACGGGAGCCAUUUGUCGGGCUGACUUUAACCACCGAGCUAGGUGCCAUUGCCUGGACGGAUACCGCGGCAAUCCUCUGGUGCGUUGCGAGCGUCCAGAGUGCCGAUCCGAUGACGAAUGUGCCUUCCACCUGGCCUGCCGCAAUGAGCGCUGCGAAGACCCAUGCAACUGCGGCAUUGGAGCCCAGUGCCGCGUGGAGAACCAUCGUGCCCAGUGCCGUUGUCCAGCUGGCUUCAGUGGCAACCCGGCCGUAAGAUGUGAUCUUGUGCCAACACAACCGGAGGGCUGCACCAUGGAUGCGGAGUGUCCCAGCAAACUGGCCUGCUUUGGCGGCGAGUGCAAGAACCCGUGCGAUGUCACGCAUCCGUGUGGCGCCAAUGCCAUCUGCGAAGUGGUCGACACACUGCCUCUGCGCACCAUGAUGUGCAGCUGCUUACCUGGCUAUGUGGGUGAAGCCGACAUUGGAUGUCACAAAGAACCCCCGCGUGAUCAGGGCUGUACGUCACAUGAUCAGUGCCAGGAUACGGAAGCCUGCCGUGGCGGAAACUGUGUCAAUCCCUGCCUGGAUGCCUCGCCUUGUGCUCGAAGCGCCCAGUGUUUGGCCCAGCAGCAUCGCGCCAUUUGCAGCUGUCCUGAGAGGACUCUAGGAGAUCCAUUCACCAACUGCUACGAGCCACCUGAAAUCAAGACUGGCUGCACCCACGAUUCGGAAUGCGCGCCGACCACGGCCUGCAUCAAUAAACGCUGCCAGGAUCCUUGUGCCGAGGCCAAUCCUUGUGCUGGAAAUGCCGAGUGUCGCGUGCAGAACUCCCGACCAAUUUGCUUCUGUCCAGCUGGUUGGGGUGGUGACCCACAAGUUCAAUGCUACAAACCUGAAUGCAAGAUCAACGCCGACUGUCCAUAUGACAAGACCUGCUUGAACGAAAACUGCGUGGAUCCAUGCACUCAUGGCCAAGUGCGUUGCGGCAACGGGGCCCAGUGCCUGGCUCAGAACCACCAGGCUGUGUGUAUCUGUCCAACCGGAACUCAAGGAAAUCCCUUCAUCUCCUGCAUCACUGGACACUGCCAGUACAACGAGGAUUGUGCGGACCACGAAGCCUGCGAUCGAUUGAAUCGCGUUUGCCGACCCGUUUGCGAUCAGGAGACCUGUGCCCUAAACGCCAUCUGUGUGGGUCGUCGCCAUCAGCCUCAGUGCGAGUGCCGACCCGGAUACCAGGGCAAUCCACAUGUGCAGUGCGAUAUACCAGUGAAGACGCCCAAGCCUCAGUGUACACAGGAUGCCGACUGUCCAUCAAAAUUGGCUUGCAUAAAUGAGCGCUGCGCAGAUCCUUGCGCCAUGCCUCAUGUUUGUACUCCGCAGCAGACUUGUACGGUCUUGGAUACCCUUCCAAAGCGAGCCAUGGCAUGCAAGUGCCCCGGCGAUACAGUGACGGAUAUCUCACGCAACUGCGUGCCCAUCAAUGUACCCAAGGUCAUAACCGGCUGUCAGCACAACUCUGAGUGCGCCAAUACCGAGGUCUGUUCGAAUGGAAACUGCCUAGAUGCCUGCCGACUGGAGAGAUGUGGCGUCAAUGCCCAGUGUACAGCUCGGGAUCACUAUGCUCAGUGCAACUGCCCUAAGGGCUACCAAGGCAAUCCACGCAUCGAAUGCUACACUACGGAAGUUGAUUUGCCACGAAUCCCCCAUCCUGUCUGCUCCCGCAACGACGACUGUCCCAGGGAUCAGAUUUGUCGCAACGAGAUUUGCGUCAGUCCGUGCGCCGCCGAUGACUGUGGAAUUGGAGCCUACUGCCAUGUGCAGGAGCGAAAGGCCAUCUGCCGCUGUCCACCUGGUUACUCCGGUAACCCACAAGACCGCUGCCUGCCACCUUCCGAUGUGAUCCUGGUGGGCUGCAAGUCUAGCACCGACUGUCCCUCGAACGAGGCCUGCAUCAACACCCAGUGCGCCAGCCCUUGCAAUUGUGGACCCAAUGCCGAGUGCACGGUGAAGAACCACCAUCCGAUCUGCUACUGCAAGCCUGGAUUCUCCGGAAAUGCCCAGUUUGGAUGUGCACCCAUUGGCUGCCAGUCGGAUGACGAGUGCAGCGGUGACAAGCAGUGUGUGAACCGCGAGUGCAUCAAUCCCUGCCUGGCCAGCGAUCCGUGUGCCCUUAAUGCCGAGUGCUAUGGACGUAACCAUCGCGCCAAUUGCCGCUGUCCCGUGGGAUUGGAGGGUGAUCCGUUUGUGCGUUGCUUGCGCUUGGAAUGCCACUCGGACUAUGACUGCGCAUCGAACCUGGCCUGUGUAUCGAACGAAUGUGUUAGCCCAUGUGGUCAACGCAAUCCCUGCGCCCAGAAUGCAAUUUGCCAGGCUCUGCAGCAUCGUGCUGUGUGCCGUUGUCCGGAUCAGCUGCCAUUGGGCAACCCGUAUGCUUAUUGUGAACCCAGACCUGUGGAGCCCGUCUGCCGGGAUGAUGGAGAUUGCCCAAGUAAGCUGGCCUGCAUCGAUGACAAGUGUCAAAAUCCAUGCGCUGUACUCUCACCAUGCCACCAAACUGCUCAGUGCAGUGUCCUAAACAGCGUUCCAGUAAGAACAAUGGUUUGCGAGUGUGCAGAGAAUGAGGUGCCCGAUGCCAGUGGAGCGUGCCGCAAGAUGGUGCCGCCCAGGCAACCAGGAUGCGAGAGCGACCAGGACUGUCCCGACCAAGAGGCCUGCAUACACGCGCAGUGCCGCAAUCCAUGCAACUGUGGAACCAACGCCGUCUGUCAAGUGACCCAACAUCGCGCCGUGUGCAGUUGCCAGGAUGGAUUUGAGGGUAAUCCCUAUGCCUCCUGUCGCUCCAUUGGAUGCCGCGUGGACGGUGAGUGCGAUUCGGGCAAGGCCUGCGUCAACGGUGACUGCAUCAACCCAUGCCUGAUCAACGAUCCAUGUGGACCCAACGCCGAGUGCUAUGUGCAAUCGAACCGUGCCCAGUGCCGCUGCCUGAGUGGCUACAGAGGAAAUCCCUACGAGCGUUGUCGUGUCAUUGGCUGCAGCAGCAACAACGACUGUCCCACGGACAAGACCUGCCAGAACGAACAGUGUGUGAAUCCCUGCGUCUACCACAACCCGUGUGCUCCGCGUGCGGAGUGCAGAGCUCAAAACCAUCUGGCCGUGUGCCGCUGUCCUGCCGAUUUCCUGGGUAAUCCAUACGUGGACUGCCGACCGCCGCCACAGCCCAUCUGCCAGUUGGAUACCGAUUGUCCAGCUCGCCAGGCCUGCAUCAACGAACAGUGUGUGGAUCCAUGCGUUGUAUUGGAACCUUGCCAACGUCCUGCCAUCUGCGAGGUAACUCCUACAUCACCGGUGCGUACGAUGCUCUGCAUCUGUCCGGAUGGCUAUGUGAGCAGAGGUAGUGGAGGCUGCAAGCCCACGCCCGGAAUCAAGGAGGUUGGAGGUUGCAUCUCGGACUCAGAUUGCCCGGCAGAUAAGUCCUGCUUGAACAGCGUGUGCCGAGAUCCUUGCAACUGUGGCUUGAAUGCCGAAUGCCGUAUUAAGGACCAUAAGCCCGUAUGCACGUGUCGCCAAGGAUUCGAAGGUAACCCAGAGUUUGAGUGCUCCAAGAUCGAGUGUAGUAUCAACUCAGACUGCCCGGGAACACACGUGUGCCGCAACCAGCUCUGCAUCCCUGCCUGCCAGGGUGAGCAGUGUGGAUCCAAUGCCCAGUGCUUGGCCAUCGAACAUCGUGCGGUUUGCGAGUGCAUCCCAGGACAUGGUGGAAACGCCAGGAUUGCUUGUACUCCGUUGGGAUGUCGCUCAGACGACGAAUGUCCCACGGACAAGGCGUGCGUCAACGGCAAAUGUAAUGAUCCUUGUACAACAACUGCUAUAUGUGCCCAGGACGAGCUGUGCAAGGUGUAUCACCACCGACCACAGUGCGCCUGCCCACCAGGAACUGUGCCCGGAAAGAACGGCUGCGAAUCAGAGCGACACAUUCCAAUUUGCAUAAGCGAUGCGGACUGUCCCAGCCAGAAAGCAUGCCUGCGCGGAGAGUGUGUGAAUCCGUGCAAUGCCACCCAACCAUGCGGAGUCAAUGCCUUCUGCAGUGUACGCGAUACCUUGCCUGUCCGGACAAUGAUCUGUGAGUGCCUUGAAGGCUACACUGGCAACCCAGCCGUGCAGUGCGACAAGCGCUCGCUGUGCGUCAUCGAGAAGGGCUUCGUUCGGGAUGUGGAUGGACAAUGUGUUUGCCCACCUGGAACCGCUUUGGAUAUCUACGAAUACUGCACCCCAUGCCGAGAGGAGCAAGGCUUCCGCAUCGACGAGAGUGGACAUUGUGUGUGCGCCUUGGAGCGCGGAAUGGUGAUCGACGAACGCGGCCGUUGCACUUGUCCCAUUGAUCUGGGCUACCGACUGACUCCACGUGGCGAAUGCCAGCCGGAGGAGCCGCCAGAGUGCACGAGCAAUGAUCAGUGCGCCGACAACCGUUUCUGCAACCUAGACACCAAGACCUGUGAGGAUCCCUGCCUAACCAAGGUGUGCGGAGUGAAUGCCUUCUGUAACGCGGUUAAUCACCGAGCCCAGUGCCAGUGCAUCACCGGUUACACAGGCAAUCCCGAAUUGCACUGCAACCACACCAACUUCCGCACCGACUUCCCACGACCCGAUAUGGUCGUCAGUUGUCUUGCCGAUGGAGUUCAAGUAGAGAUCCACAUAACGGAGCCAGGAUUCAAUGGAGUGUUGUACGUUAAGGGACACAGCAAGGACGAGGAGUGCCGACGGGUGGUCAACCUGGCUGGCGAGACUGUUCCUCGUACCGAAAUCUUCCGCGUCCACUUCGGUAGCUGCGGCAUGCAGGCAGUGAAGGAUGUGGCCAGCUUCGUGCUGGUCAUUCAGAAACAUCCCAAGCUGGUCACCUACAAGGCCCAGGCCUACAACAUCAAGUGUGUCUACCAGACUGGCGAGAAGAAUGUCACCCUAGGAUUCAACGUAUCCAUGCUGACGACUGCCGGCACAAUUGCCAACACAGGACCGCCGCCGAUCUGCCAGAUGCGCAUCAUCACCAACGAAGGUGAAGAGAUCAACUCGGCAGAGAUCGGCGACAAUCUCAAGCUGCAAGUGGAUGUGGAACCAGCCACCAUUUAUGGAGGCUUUGCCCGCUCUUGUAUUGCCAAAACCAUGGAGGACAACGUGCAGAACGAGUAUCUGGUCACGGAUGAGAAUGGCUGUGCCACGGAUACCAGUAUCUUUGGCAACUGGGAGUACAACCCAGACACGAACAGCCUGCUGGCCAGUUUCAAUGCCUUCAAGUUCCCAUCCAGCGAUAACAUCCGCUUCCAGUGCAACAUACGAGUCUGCUUUGGACGCUGUCAACCCGUCAAUUGUGGUGGCUACAACGCCUUCGGGCGACGUCGCCGCUCCAUUGCGGACAACUCCACCGAUGCGACCGCCAUUGCCACGAAUUCGGGAGUGGAGGGUCAACUGCGCGAAGAGAUCACAAUCUCUUCGAAUGCCAUUUUGACAUUCGAGAAGCGCAGCGGUCAAGGUCUCAAUGAUGCCAACAUUAAACCGGCGGCUCAAAGGGUCGAGGAUAUCUGCGUGUCUAUGGUGGGUCUGAUCAUUGCGCUGGUCAUCACGGCUCUGCUGGCUCUUGUGGCCGUUGCCGUGGCUGUUUCCUGCUGGCUGAUGGCCUACAGGAGGAGGCCCAAGACCAUUGCGCCCCUGCCCCAUCCCCCAGAGUUCCCCAACCCGCUGUUCUCCAAUCCGGACGCAGUGCCCGAGCCAACGCCGGAUUACAUCUCCUAAACGUAACGUAACCAUACACUGAUACACAACACCUAGCUAUAACUUUAGUAUGUAAGAAAAUCGAAUGAAUAUGAAAAAGAAAACUUUGUGAAUAUUUGAAAGGCAAGUGCAAAAGGUUAUGAAUAAUGCAAAACAGAUCGAAUCGCGAAAGAUAAUCAAGAUUGAAGAUUGAAGAAAAGAAAAACAAAAGUACAGUUGUGAGCUGAAAGUAUAGCCGGCUCUGUUGGCCGUAAAACGAAACUAUGAAAGAUUGAAUUAUUGUAAAAAGCAAAAAUGACGAAGCGAGAAUCGCAUGAAGAAUGCACGAAAGUAAUUUAGUAGCUUAAGAAAAUAAUUUUAUUAAUUGUAAUAACGAUUAGUAUUCUCCUUCCUACUAACAUGAGAAUUCCGCGUAGUGUUUGUACGUUUAGCUGCCACAUAAAGAGAGACCAACAACUGCCAAAAACAGAUGUGAGGGAAUUCACCCAUAGAGAGUGCAGCUACAAACGAAUUCUCGUCCUCUAACGACAACUUCUUCAUUAGUCGCGAACCAAUAUUAAUUCUGUUAUAUAUGUAUAACUAAAGACUUCCUAUAAAUAUUUAGGGUGUGGGUAGUAGCAACGACACUUUGUAUUAUAGCACAGACACACGCACACACAACUGCAACUACUUCCUGUAAUUUAGAUACCAACUCAACUCGCCCGUUAAAAUUGAAAACUGCCUUUGAUUUCCAACAAGAAAAAACGAACAAUGCACCCCAGAAUACUCUCUAGCAUAAUAUAUGUAGGAGAUCGUUGGGCCUCGGUCGAUAAGAUACUAUUCCGCGUCUAUCAUCCAUAACCACUGGACAAUAUGUCAACGAUUGUCCCAGUUGGAUUGUAGGCAAGCUCAAGAGUCCAAAACACACACACACACAAACCUCGAAGAAAUCAGACCACUCUAAGCAGCUUAUGGACGUGGGAACAGUUUCAUCUGGAUCUAGGCAGCAACUCGUUGAGGGAACAUAACUAUAACUGCCACUGAGGCGUCAUCAGCGCACAAAAGAUACUUAUCUAUUGCAUAGGAAAUACUAGGUUUGUUUUAAUUUUAAUCGCAACACCGACUAAUGGAGGAUUUGAUUUUGACUACUGUCCCUCGACCACUUACUUGUACUACACUCUACUAUGAUUAACCAUUAUUUUUGUAGUUUUAUAGUCAAUUAAUAUUAAAUUGUUGUGAUUGUUUUUAAUGCAAAAGAGAUACUUCCACUAACUUACUAAUAUGUAGACACAAAAGUACACAUCGUACUUAAAAAGGCAACGAACCAGCGCCCCUGCCCGUGUCCCGCCCCCCUUCCAUUUUCCAUCGGGAACAGCACGCCUCUGUCAACGCGCCGGAAACUAUGCAGCGAAUUUCCGUUUCCGGCGCCCGUUUCACGGAGCAUGUCUUUUCACGAUGCGAUGAUUGCUGGUGGGAUGGCGGGUUCGCAGGGCGAGGCCUGGAUAAUUAAAUUAUUAAACAUGAAGUUUUAAAUUAAUAUUAUUAAACGUAAACAAAAUGUAUAGUCACUACUUUAAGAGGAAAGAGAAUUUUCUUUAUAGUAAAAUACCAUACAAAAUAAACUCGCACUCAGACACGUACACAAAGAGACAGAAUUUGUAAAUAAUACACAGGCAAACUCUAUGGUAUUUUUAGUAGCGCAUUAUUGUGUAUAGGUUUCUGCCCCUUGACUCCCCAAACCCGAACUCAAUCACAGGCUAACCCUAACCCAUGCCAGGCAUAAAAUUAUUUUCUUAAUUCCAUAGCCCAUAGAAUGUACAAGAAAGUGCACAAAUUUGCAACCACCUCGUUCACAAUUACCACACACUUUUAUUUUUCUUCACAAGAACCGCUUCAAAAUCGGAACCUAAAUAGAGUUACAUUGAACAUAGACAAAACUUUUUGCACUGGCAGCAAAUAUAAAAGAGAAAAUAAUAAGAAAUAAGAAUGGCUCUUAUUGUAAAAAGAAAGCAAUAGUUAAAUUGUACUUAUAACGAGAAACGAACAUAAUUGUAAUCGCUUAUUGUAAACUAAUAAAUAAAUAAAUAAAUAUAAAUCAACAAUCAA